CUUGUUUUUAAUUUGGUUACUAUUAAGAAAUGAUUCAAAUUCAGCUAGCGAGUUCUUUUUUGGUAUGUAAAUUCCAGGACCCUAUGAGGUCAUCUAUACUGUGUUGUGUGUUAACAGUUUGAUCUGUAACUUGCUAAACAGGUUCCUGCACAUGCUUUCAAAGCUGGACAGUGACUAGAAGGUUUUAACACUCAUUCUACCAUCAUAAUGCAAAGCUGAAAGACAUUCCGGCUCUUCUCGUUUCUGGUGUAACCCUGAGCCACAAUGUAGGAGGCUGUGUCACAGAACACAAUGAAAAAGCUCUCUCCAGAUAUGUGGAAGCAAACUUCACAGUUGGCUCUUCUGUGGUUCCUAUUUUGGGGUGAGUUAUUUAGAUUUUUGGCUUUAUUGAUCUGUACCAUAAUCUGCUACAUGUGAGUGUCGAGUGUGGCAAUGUGUAAUGUUUGGGAAAUACAAUGUGUGAAGUAAUGGAAUUUCCAUUUAGUACAAGAUGGGAAGGGAGAUUCUAGCAAGCUGUCCCUCAACCCAAUAUACCUAGUAGGGGGGUGGGGGGUUAGGCACUGUAUGAGGGGAUUAGGGGGUAACCCUAAAGGCGGUAGUGAUGGGAUAGAGGCUGUAGUGAGCGAGUGGAAGCUGUAGUAGUGGGAUAGGAGUUGUAGUUGUGGUGAGAGUCAGUGGUGGGAGAUAGGGGCAGUAGUGGGGGUUAGGAGCUCUAGUGGGAGAUAGGGGUUGAAGUGUGCCUUACACAGCAAGGUGUUAGGGGCUGUAGUAGGGGCAUAGGUCACAAGUGGGGCAUAGAAGCUUUAGUGGGGGAUAAGGGACUGUAGCAUGGGUUAGGGGCAAUAGUGCAGGGUUAGAAUGGGGGGAUAGGUGCAAUACUGGGGGGUAGGACCUAUAGUUGUGGGGUUAGGGGCAGUACUGGUGGUAAGGACCUGCAGGGGGUUAGAGAAGUAGGAGUUAGAGGCAGUAGUAAAGGGUUAGGAACAUUAGUGUGGGGGGGGGGGUUUAGGGGCAAUAGUUGGUGCGUAGGAGCAGUAUUGGGAAAUUAGAGGCUAAAAUGGGGGUAAAGGACCUGUAGUGGUGUUGUAUGGCAGUAGUGGUGUGUUAUGGCAGUAGUGGAGUGGGUAGGACCUGUAGUGGGAUGUUAAGGACAGUAGUGGGGGGACGACCUCUAGUGGGGAGUUAGGGCUUAUGGGGGGGGAUAGGACUUGAAGUGGGCUGUUAGGGGAAGUAAUGGGGGCUAGGACCUUUAGUAGGGAUUAGGGGCAGUAGUGGGGGGUGUCUGUCAGUGAGUGUUAAAUCAAUGAGAGUGUAUGUCUGUCAGUGAAAUUGUUUGUUGGUUACACAGUGUGUGCAGCAAUGGAUGUGUUUCGUGUCAGCAAGUGUGUGUGUCAGUGAGUGUAUGUUAAUGUAUGUGUAUCAGUGAGAGCAUGUUUUUUAUGAAAGUGUGUGUUGGUUAAACAGUAGGUGCCAAUCACUGUUUGUCGUGUCAGUGAGCAGGGCCGGCGCGUCCAUAAGGCGGCACAGGCCCAGGGGCGCAAAUGUCUGGGUGGCUGGCAAGAGGGAAGCUCACAGCGCCCCUCUCCUAACAGUCACUUCUUGUAGCGUGGCCAAGCGCCUGCAAACUCUUCCAGCCUGCCUUCCUUUCUGCAGUGCCGCGGACUGUGUGAAGGGGGUGGGGAUAUGAACACGUCAAAUCUCUGCUCCCCCUGUAGCACACAGCUUGGCUGGUGGUCAGCAGGGGCGGAACUACCACCGGCCCCUUUCUCACCGACAUGGGAGGACUUCCUCCCAAGAAGACUGGAGCGCAAAGAAAGUAGAGAGGAGGGGGGCUGGGCAGGACCAGCUCCUCCAACUCCCAACUAUCUCCGGCAGCACUCUGGAUCCCAGGUAAGCCCCCCUCCUGAACCCACCCAUUAAUUAUAUACACACUACACACACACACUGCAUUCACUAUAUACACAUUACACAAGCACACACACUGCAUCCACUAUACACACACUGCACAAACACACACUGCACUUACUAUAUACACAUUACACAAACACACACACUGCAUCCACUAUACACACUACACAAACACACUGCAUUCGCUAAACACACACUACACAAACACACACUCUGCAUUCAUUAUAUACACACUACACAAACACACACUGCAUCCACUAUACACACACUGCACAAACACACACUGCACUUACUAUAUACACAUUACACAAACACACACACUGCAUCCACUAUACACACUACACAAACACACUGCAUUCGCUAAACACACACUACACAAACACACACUCUGCAUUCAUUAUAUACACACUACACAAACACACACUGCAUCCACUAUACACACACUGCACAAACACACACUGCACUUACUAUAUACACAUUACACAAACACACACACUGCAUCCACUAUACACACUACACAAACACACUGCAUUCGCUAAACACACACUACACAAACACACACUCUGCAUUCAUUAUAUACACACUACACAAACACACACUGCAUCCACUAUACACACAUUAUACAAACACACACACGGCAUCCACUACACAAACACACACUGAAUCCACUACACACACACAUACACACUGCAUUCACUAUAGACACAUUACACAAACACACACUCUGCAUUCACUAUACACACAGUACACAAGCACACACACUGCAUCCACUAUACACACACUGCACAAACACACACUCUGCAUUCAUUAUAGACACACUACACACACUGCAUUCACUAUAUACACACACUACACAAACACACACACUGCAUCUACUACACAAACACACACUGAAUCCACUACACACACACACUGCAUUCACUAUAUACACAUUACACAAACACACACGGCAUUCACUAUACACACACUACACAAACACACAUUCGGCAUUCAUUAUAUACAAACUACACACUACACAAACACACGCUGUAUUCACUAUACACACACUACACAAACACACACGCUGCAUCCACUACACAAACAUACACUGCAUCCACUACACAAACACAGACACACUGCAUUCACUAAUCAAAUACUUUCACUGCAUCCACUACACACACAUAUAUUCUUGAAAACAUAAAAAAUUCUGACUGGCAUGUAUAUUUUGCGCCUUAAAGGACCACUAUAGUGCCAGAAAAACAAACUCGUUUUCCUGGCACUAUGGGGUCUUUGGGUCCCCCCACCCUCAUGGCCCCUAUCCCACCGAGCUGAAGGGGGAGGAAGGGGUUGAACACUUACCAUUCUCCAGCACCGGGCUCCCUCUGCGCUGGGGACUCUCCUUCCUCUUCCAAGAGCCACGCGCGCAUUCAAUCAGUCCAUAGGAAAGCAUUUCUCAAAAUCACAGUGAGAAGCGCGGAGGCGCCUCUAGCGGCUGUCAAUGAGACAGCCACUAGAGGCUGGAUUAACCCUAUUGUAAACAUAGCAGUUUCUCUGAAACUUCUAUGUUUAGAGCUGCAGGGUUAACCCUAGAUGGACCUGGCACCCAGACCACUUCAUUGAGCUGAAGUGAUCUGGGUGUCUAUAGUGGUCCUUUAAUAAAAAAAAGAUUUGCAAAAAAAUAAAUAAAUAAUAAACAUGUUCAGUUAACAGAAGAUUUGUGUAGAAAUAGUUUAUUUUUUCAAAAUGGUAAAUGUACAGAAUAAUGGUAUCGGUAAGUUAUCAGCUAUCGACCUGAAAUUCACAGAUCAUCGGUAUCGGCUCUAAAAAAUCAAUAUCGAUCAAUCCCUAGUUUGUAUGAUAGUGUACCUGUAUGUGUAGAUUGUAUGACUGUGUUUGUUUGAUUGUGUGCCUUUUAUGACUGUGUGUCUGUAUAUCUUUGUGACUGUGUGCCUUAAUAACUAUGUCUGUGUGCUUGUAUGGUUGUGUGUCUGUAUGUUUGUAUAUUUGUUUGUCUAUAUGGGAAAAAGAUAGAUAGGGGCUGGGGGGGGGGUCGAGAGAGGUAAAUAGGGGCUGGGGGGAAGAAAGACACAAAGGGGCUGGUGGGAAAGUAAGAAAUACAUAAGUGGGUUGUAAGAGACACACUAACGCGGGUAAAACAUUUAAAAGGGGGCUACGAGACACAGAGGUGAAGAUGCAUUUUUCUUGUGGGGGUGGCGGGGUGGCAAAAUGCAUAAUCGCCUGUGUAGUCAAAAAUCCUUGCACUGGCCCUGUCAGUGAGUGAGAGUGUCAUUGGGUGUAUGCCAGCGUAUGUGUAUCAGUGAGAACAUAAGGGGGGCCCUUCUUUAAGACUGGGACCUGUGACUCCUAGUUACAAACAUGUAAAUGCUACUAAGACACACUAAGCUAUUCUCUUAUGCUCCCCCCAAUCCUGGGCUAGGACUAUGCUAAGAGUACCCCUGCACCCCCUCAGGUACGUGGCAGGCAGUUAGCGGGGCAGCCAGAGUUGUGGAGUCCUGGUGAACAAGCUAUGUGGGGAGCGGAGUGUUUAUAAAUUGAAAGACUGUCACUGUCUUCAGACAUCCAUGCUCCGAUGCCUCCCUCCUCCCUGGGACAUAUUAUCAAUCCUAUCCCGUCAUCUCCUAGUGAUGGCCGAGGGAGUGUAUCUUGUGUUCUCUCUAUAUAGAGAGCUACUGGGGCAUGUGUGGCAUAUUUUUGUUUGUCUUUUUUUUUAUUAAAUCUCAGUUUUCAAGUUUAUUUCCAGUGUUGGCACUUUAAGAUAAAUAACUUGGUUUCAUGUUGCAGUUCGGGCUCUCAGUCUCAAAAAGGUUUGUCAUCACUAGUAUAGAUGAUCAUUGACCUUAAGGGUUAACGAUUUAGCAAAAUGGGGAGUUGGCUCACGUUACUUUCCACUGGAAUCUUACUUCCUUGUACACAAGAUAAAAAUAACAUCUUGCAGUACAGUAUGAAUAAGAAAAAGGUGUGAUCUAACUAGUUUUAUCAUUUUAUGUAUUGCACCUAUUUCCUAAUACAUUGAAUGGGCCCUUGUGACUGUAUUUGCCCAGGGCCACAUUUAUCCACCUCUGUUGAUAUUAAAAGGAAACUCCAGUGCCAGGAAAACAAUCCGUUUCCCUGGCACUGCAGGUACACUCUCCCUCCCACCCCUCAAUCCCCAGUUGCUGAAGGGGUGAAAACCCCUUCAGUGACCUACCAGAGGCAGCGACGAUGUCCCACGUCGCUGCUUCUUCCUCCGCCGCCGCUCUUCUAGUGAUUGCUUCGGCCAGUGGGCGAGACUGAUCUCGCCCACCGGCCUGGGAGACCUAAUGCACAUGCGCGGCAAUGCCUCGCAUGCGCAUUAGCGCUCCCCAUAGGAAAGCAUUGAAAAUGCUUUUCAAUGCUUUCCUAUGGGGAAAUGAGCAAUGCUGGAGGUCCUCACACAGCGUGAGGACGUCCAGCAACGCUCUAGCACAGGACGUCCAGCAACGCUCUUUCCUGUGUUAUGAUCCCGGAAGUGCUCUCUAGUGGCUGUCUAGUAGACAGCCACUAGAGGUGGAGUUAACCCUGCAAGGUAAUUAUUGCAGUUUAUAAAAAACUGCAAUAAUUACAGUUGCGGGGUUAAGGUUAGUGGGAGUUAGCACCUAGACCACUCCAAUGGGCAGAAGUGGUCUGGGUGCCUGGAGUGUCCCUUUAAGGCAUUUGUGUAAUAACAACAUUUUGGUGGAAAAUGGUUUGCAGUCAUUAGAAUCAAUUGACACCAUGAAUAGAGAAUAAACUAUCAUAAACUGGCAUAUAACACUCUAUAGGAUUUUUACUUGUGGCUUUGUUGUCCCAAUAUUUAACAAACAUGUGUUUGUUUGGUCUGAAAACAAUAAAGAAAUGUACUAAACUUUAAACCUCUAGCCACGACCAGCUAAUUAGCUUAUUGGAAGAUUUUUACUCCGAAAGUAAAACCGAAAAUCUGACUAUCAGACCCCAGUAGUGUAAGCACGGAUUUCAAUAAAUCAGUUUGUUCAUUAAUGUUAUACACAGAGAAAGCUCAGUUUGCUGUUCAAUAAUUGUAACAUUAUUAAAAAUGUCUUUAUUAUUUGUUUUUAUUAACAGUAUAUAUAUAUAUAAAACAGUCCAGUCCUUGCACUCAGAUAUAUCCAGAUAAUAAUGCUAUAUGUUGUUGCCGGGUGCAUAAAUUUAGCCACAACCAAAAAUACAAAAUAUAAACAUAGGCUAGCACUCACGGUCUUUUGAAGUAAAAUCAGUUCUUUAUUGAAGAAUCUUAAAAAAUCGACGUUUCAGCCCAAGUUCUGAGCUUUCAUCAGGAUCAACAAAAUAAAUACAAUACGAACAGCUUAAUGUGCACCAAUAUAUAACCUAAAAAGAAAGAAAAAGAAACUCACCGCAGGUGUUCUAGCUGAUUGAUUGGCGUCCUCCAAAGCAAUGUGCGCAUACCCGUAAGUGCCGUGCGUGACGUGGUGACGUCACUGCAUCUCGCUCAUUGCGGGUUGCUAUGGUGACAGCCUAAUAUCAAUGCAUGGAUACAAGGUGAUAUAGAAAGUGAAAGGAAGUGUCACAAGUGCCUAAUAUUGUAGCAAAAGGAUACCAUAACUUGGCCAUCACAUAGUCAUAGCCACAUAUAGAUCACAUGGAAGGAAACAGUAAUAAUAAGAAAAGCAUGAAAAGAAAUAAAUAAUAGAAUAAAAGUGUGUAAUAAUGAUAGUAGAGUGCAAAGACAGUUGGAAGCAAGGACCCAAGUCCCUAAUAAUAAAACUGUACGCUAUCAUUAUACAGCAAACAUAUAUGCUUUGUAAAAAGGAGUAUGUAUUAUAAGUACUGUAAUGUUCCAUGGGUGUAUAGGGUUAUAAAUGCUGCAUGUCACUACUAUAAAGAUAAUCUACUCAAGAAAUCCUAAAAGUGACUUCAAUCCAAACAUGAAAAAUAAAAAUAAAACAAAAUGAAGUAUAUUACAAAUAUGCAUGGUAAGUAAUGAUUUCAUUCAGUCGAUGGGGUGCCACUGUAUUUAACUCCAAAAUCCAAAAUGUUUCCUUUCUUAGUAGCAUGUUGCCACGGUCCCAACCCCUGGAUGGUGGCUGGAUGUAGUCAAUUGCCACAAAUUUUAAAUUAGCCAAAGAAUGUCCUUUUUCUAAAAAAUGUUUCGCUACGGGUUUGUCCGAAUGGCCAUCACGGUAGGCAGUUCUAAUGUUGGACCUGUGUCCUCUUAUGCACUCACACAGAGGAGUGCUAGUCUUGCCGAUAUAAACUAACCCACACGGACAGGAAAUUUUAUAUGUGACAAAUGAUGUCUUACAUGUUAUAGUAAAUUUAAUAAUGUAGCUUUUGGUAAUAUGGGGAUGAGUAAAUGUCUGAGAUGGAACCAGAUGGCCACAGGUGACACAACUAAGGCAUUGUACACUACCACUAAUUUGGCUUAUUGGUAUAGUUUGGUAACUGGAAACAGGAUCUGUUUUAACAAGCAAAUCCCGUAGACUUUUAUUGCAUUUGUAGCAAAUCAUUGGUUGCUCUUUGAAAUUUUUUGGCAAGGUGUCAUCUAAAGACAGCAUCUUCCAAUUCUGUUUCACGAUGUUGGAAAAUUGUGGAGAUUUGUUGUGGUAGGUCAUGGGAAAUACCAUCCUAGGCAUAGUAGAAGGAACUUUCAGAGCAUUUGUACUUUGUGCUUUAGAUAGCGGAGUCAUCAAAGUGUGUUGACCAUAACCUUGAAUUUUGGGUCAUAUCCGAUAUCUGUUGUUCUCUUAUAUCUACUUCUGAAUUAUUACGUAUGACACGACGAUAUUGUGCAUAAGGUAUAGAUGCAACUAAUGCCGGGGGAUGAGAGCUAUCGUGAUGAAGGAUCGUAUAUCGAUCAGUAGGCUUAGUGUAUAAACAAUAAGUGAGUCUCUUGUCUACAAACUGUAAUUGAAGGUCUAAAAAAUUUACCUGUGUGGUACUGAUGUCCGCAGUCAUCUUUACUGGGGACGGUAGAGAAUUCAGGUGUUCCACCAGGUCAUAUGCUUCUGAUUGAGUUCCUUUCCAAAUUAUAAAUAAAUUGUCUAUGAACGAUAAUAAUUGGAAAUAUAUAGUUGGUAAGUUGAAAGGAUGUUGUUAGUUUUGUAUAUGUACAUAAAGGCAUUUGCGUACAUGGGCGCCAUAGCAGCGCCCAUGGACGUGCCCCUAAGCUGCAUGUACCAAGUUUGCUCGAAGCGAAAAUAAUUUGAUUUUAAUGUGAAUUCCAACAAUUCUAAAACAAACUCAAUAGGUGGACCAUGGUACAAAGAAGACUGAGAUAGAACUUGUCUCAUAGCCUCUAUACCAACAUCAUGCGGGAUGAUGGUAUAGAGGCUACUGACAUCCAUGGUGAUCAGAACUGGAUCUAGACCAUCAAAGCUCAAAGUCUGUAGUUUCACCACCAAAGAAGGAGUAUCUUGAAUGCAUGUAUGUAACGCUUCCACAGGAUUUUUAAAGAGGGAAUCCAACCAUUUUGCCACCGGCUCCAGGACACCACUGACUGCCGAAACAAUUGGCCGCCCAGGAGGGUUUUGGGCAUUUUUGUGGAUUUUAGGAAUGGAAUACAGAAUCAGGGUACAAGGAUGCAGUUGAGUUAGGUAUAGAUACGUGUCCUGGUCAAUAUAGUUCGCCCUUAGGCCCAUGUCCCUUAAGGACACAUGACAUGUGUGACAUGUCAUGAUUCCCUUUUAUUCCAGAAGUUUGGUCCUUAAGGGGUUAAAAUAGAGUCGAAUUUCUGUUGGAUUUUAAUUGUUGGGUCCUCUGGCAGAAUUUGAAAUGUAUCUGUAUCCCCCAAUUAAUGUAAGAUGUCUGCAGCAUAUAGUUGAUAGUCCAUAAUAACUAUACCUCCCCCCUUAUCCGCAGAGCGGAUAACUAUCUUGGGAUCUUUGGCUAAGUUAUUGAUUUAGACUUGAAAAAGGGAGGCUCUCCCGAAAGCUGGUUGUUCCAAAAUUCUGUUAGUCCAAUAAAAAAGAUAAUGCUAGGUACUAAUUUAAUUUGUUUUUUUUUACAUCUGCAUUCCCCAUCAGUUAUUCCACAUCUUUCCCAUUCUCCUUAUCCUGAUCCUCACCCCCCCUCUUUUUACCCUUCCACAGAUGCUUUUACACACUUUCUUUCUUAUUUUUUUUAACAAAUCAAAUAAAGAAAUAGAAUCUGCGCAAAUAUUUGCUUUAUGUACCCAAACACAGUGCUACUACCAUUUAAUUGAGGAACAAAUAUAAAACAAAGGUUUCGGGGCAAUCCCUUUGUCAAUUCAUCAUGUCCUUCCACUGUCAUUCUCCAUUUGUUUGUUACCGAUAUUUCUCAUUUAUUGCUUUCCUUUCUUUCUUUCUGGUUAAAUUUCAUGUCAAUUCUCUAUUCCACAUCUCUAGAUUCCUAUACUCCUGUCCAAAAUAUGUUUUUUUUUAUUUCUUUCUCGAUAGUUCUCUUUUCCCCAUCUACUCUAGUUCUUUCUUUCUCAUUUCUUUCUUCUCUGUCAGUCCAUCCAUUAUUUCAGAUCACUUUCAAAUAUCACCCCUUUUUAGUUUUCCCCUUCAUGCCUUUCCCCUAUUUCUUCCACAAUCCACCUCCCCUUAAUCUUCAUUUAUAUAGUUAAACUUAUAUUUUUAAAUGUACUCAUCGACAAUCUAUAUUCUCCUCACUGGUACUUACUCCUCCCUUUCUUUAAAGUACCCCCACCUCUUACUGUACCCCUCAAAGUUCACAUACAUUGGAAGCCCAGAAGUAUUUAUUUAUUUAUUUUAUAGUCCCUGAUCUGUUAAUGUUGGCUCAUACUCUUUCUUUGUAUUGUAUCCCGUAGAGUAUCACGUUUCUGGACUCCCCGACCACGAGAUUGUUUUCCCACAGAAGGUGGUGAACAGAGAAAAAAGGAAUUUAGAUCCACAUAAUACGGUAAAUCGUAACUUUUCUCAUUCACUAGACAGACGUUGUUAGGGAUCUUACGAUAUUCUGUGUCCUUCCCUCUUGUUACCAUAGCACAGUUCACUGAAUAUGAUUUAUGUAAUGUUAUUAUUUUUAUUCUUUGUAUUUUGAAAGAAAAUAGAAUUUUUAAAUUUCCAAGUCAGAAUCUCUUUCUUAUUAGUUGUCUUGUUGGGUUCUCUUAAAAGCUUAUUGCGACAUCUCUUGGAUGAUGAAAAUAACUUUGCAAGUUAUAAAACAGCUAAACACCUGAAUGAAUAGGUAUUUUGUACAUAUCACAUUACUUUUUUUACUUCAUAUAUUCUGACUUACAUAUAUGACAGUCAAUAACCAAUAUUUCAGUUCACUGAGAUUUUUACAAGUGCAAUAACAGUGUGUAUAGAGAAAUAUCAAAUAGCAGCUAAUGUAUGUGUAUAUAUGUAUGCAUAGGCUGUAUAUAUUAAUUUAUGCAUAUAUAUCAGAUCCCUGAUAAAGUUGACAAUGCUCUCCUUUUAAUUAUAUCGGCAAAAAGCAGUCAAUAAUUAUUAACUGUUUUCUUCCGUCUUUUUUUUCAUUAUUAUUAUUUUUAUUUUGGCUGCACGCCAAAUUCAAGAAUUGGAACCCGAUAAAAGAGUCAGCAGCUCGAGAAAAACAUGGAGAUAAAUGUACACCUGAAGCUUUUUUAAUGAAUAUCCCUGUUAGCAGGGGCGUACCUAGAGCAUUUGGGGGCGGAUCCUGGGCUUGGCACUCCCCGCCCCCAUACUCUUGUCCCCUUUCCCUCCCAAAAAAAAAAACCUGUAACAUUUUUUAAAUGUUUUCCUUUUUUUAUGUAUUGAACAAAUUUGGAAACUUUCCAAACCGCUGUCAGCCCCCUUCUACAAAACCCUUGUGUGCCACAUCACCUCCGACAAAACCUCUGUCCCGCCCCAAUCGACAAAUCCUGUACUGCCCCCCGUCUACAAAACCCCUGCAACCCCCUUCCACAAAUCCCCUUAUAAAGACUCCUGUCCCAAUACAAAACCCCUCCCCCUUCUACAAAAUCCCUGCAGCCCCACACACACAUUUACAGGCAGACAGUCACAUACACACACACACAGUUACAGGCAGACAGCCACACAUACAGUCAGAGACAGUCAUACACACAGUUACAGGCAGACAAUCACAUAUACAUUAACACACACACACACACACACACAGUCACAGGCAGACAGUCACACACACACAGUAAAAGGCAGCAGCAGUCACAUGCACACAGUCACAGACAGAUAGUCACACACCGUUACAGGCAACAUCAAACAGUCACAGGCAGACAGUCACAUAUACAUAGUCACAUGCAGACAGUCACACACACAGUAAUAGGCAGACAGUUACACACACAGUCAGUUACAGGUAGUCACACAGAGUCAUAGCCAGGCAGUCACACAUACAGUUACAGACAGUCACAUAUACAGUCACACACACACACACACACACAUACACACAGUCACAGGCAGAGAGUCACACACACAUACACAGUUACAGCCACACACACAGUUACAGGCAACAUCACACAGUCACAGGCAGACACACACACACACACCGUUACAGGCAGACAGACACGCACACACACAGUUACAGGCAUGCAGUCACACACACAGUUACAGACAUGCAGUCACACACACACACACACACACACACACAGUUACAGGCAGACAGUCACACACACAGUUACAGGCAUGCAGUCACACACAUACACAGUUACAGGCAGACAGACAAACACACACACACUCUUACAGACAUGCAGUUCACACACAAAUACACACAGUUACAGGCAGACAGUUACACACACACAGUUACAGACAUGCAGUCACACACACACAAUUACAGGCAUGCAGUCACACACACACACACACCCACACACACAUACACAGUUACAGGCAGACAGACAGACACACACACAGUUACAGGCAUGCAGACACACACAAACACACUCUUACAGGCAUGCAGUUCACACACAAAUACAGACAGUUACACACACACACACACUUACAUGAAGACAGUUACACACACACACACACACACACACACAGGCAGACAGUUUUACAGACACAGUCACACAGACACACACACACUAUUACUUACAAACAGGAGCUGGAGGAGGAUUCCCUGAAGUUCUUCCCUGGAGCCUGAUAGGUGGAGGAACAGGGAUUCCUUCUUGCUGCACCUCCAUGUGCAGCAGUAACAGCAGUGGGUAAGCCCCACCCCCGAUGUUGUUUAGCCCUGCCCCCACUUUCCUUCUGUGCGUCCAGUUCCGCUGCUCUUUGCGUGUGAGCUGUUCUGGCCGCACAGUACCCUAACUGCCAUGGGGCACUGUGCGGCCACAGCUCACACAGCACCCUCCAGCUCCCAGACCAGGGUCAUGGCACCCCCUACCCAGUGGCACCCGGGGCGGACCGCCCCCUCCGCCUCCCCUUAGUACGCCACUGCCUGUUAGUCAUUAAAAAAAGAAAUCAAUUAAUAAAAAAUAAAAAAAAAGCCUAAGGGGUCAAUAUAACCUACAGUCUCUUAUAACAUCCAGGGGGUACCUGGAGGAGGCUGUAAAUUAAAUUGAGGGCUCUAUUAAAUUGAGAAAUGGAGGAACAUCCACAGUGGGUUCUAUUAAUUAAAUAAUACAUGGGGGGACUAAGUGUCAUAUCUGUCAGCGGUGGGGGCUCUAAUUCAAAUAAAUAGGGAAACCUAGUGUGUGUCCCAGCCCUCACCCAUUGAUGGCGGUUCGGGUCAAGGGGUGGAGAGUGAUGCCAGUGGCUGCGUGCACAGGGGGCCCCUGUAUGUUAUUAGCGAUUGGGCAGCAAUAGUACACUUUCAAGUCUUUUUUUACAGUGAACAGGCACUGUCUUCUCACUGUUUAGUGGACAUGCCCCCACCCGAGGCAUGGUGAGUAGGAGCAUGAGGGAGCUUUAAAAUCUCCCUUAUUUUAAUGUGGGUCAUAUUGACCUCCAUUGGUCAAAUAUGACCAGGCAAAUAUUUUUUUUAAAAAAAAGCUUUUGAAUCUGAUUAGGCCAUUUAGCCCGAUAAAUUAAAUUACCGAAUUUGAAAUUUCCGAUGUAAAAUAUAGGUAUUGGAUACCUAUAAUUUUUGGUUUACAAUAAACCUUUAAUGGCUGUAAUUUAAAGAGAUACUGUAGUGUCAGGAAUACAAAGCUGUAUUCCUGGCACUACCAAUCCAUCUGCCUCCCCCUUCCCUCCCACCCUUUAUUUACUUACCUUAUCCCAGCCCCGAUGUCCCUCGGCGCUGGGUCAAAGCUCCGUCCCUCCUCUGUCCCUCAACCAGCGGGGUUUAAUGCGCAUGCCCGGCAAAUGCCUUGCGCACAUUAGACUACCCCCCCCCAUAGAAUAGCAUUAUUCAAUGCUUACCUAUGGGGAAGAAUCUGAUGCUGGAGGUACUUAUGCAGAAUGCUUGGUUGUAUAGCGAGAGGUAUUAGCAGUAGAAAGAGGGAAGUGCUCAUGCCAUUGUACAGAACACUGGUGAAACCUCACUUUGAGUAUCGUACGCAGUACUGGAGACCGUAUCUCCGGAAGAAUAUUGAUACUUUAGAGAGAGUUCAGAAAAGGGCUACCAAACUGGUUCAUGGAUUGCAGGAUAAAACUUACAAGGAAAGGUUAAAGGAACUUAACAUGUAUAGCUUGGAGGAAAGACGAGACGGGGGAAUAUGAUAGAAACAUUUCAAUACAUAAAGGGCAUCAACACAGUAAAGGAGGAGACUAUAUUUAAAAGAAGAAAAACUACCACAAAAAGAGGACAUAGUCUUAAAUUAGAGGGGCAAAGGUUUAAAAAUAAUAUCAGGAAGUAUUACUUUAAUGAGAAGGUAGUGGAUGCAUGGAAUAGCCUUCCAGCUGAAGUGGUAGAGGUUAACACAGUGAAGGAGUUUAAGCAUGUGUGGGAUAGGCAUAAGGCAUGUACUAGCUAUAAGAUAAGGCCAGGGACUAAUAAAAGUAUUUAGAAAAUUGGGCAGACUAGAUGGGCCGAAUGGUUCUUAUCUGCCAUCACUUUCUGGGUGCCUCCAGUGUCCCUUUAAUAGUUUUAAACCGUUAAAAGGUUUAUCUGGAGCUAACAAACGUGAUUGUCUCUAAUUAAUUGAGACCAAUGUCCGCACACAAACACCAAUUCAAUUAGAUCUCUUCCCCCACCCUGGAACAUUCUCUUAAUACCCAUUGUCAUGACAAAAAAAUGUCACACAAAAUGUGUAAAGUAAGUACAAGCUAGGUCAGCCAACAAUACAGUAUAUACAAAUUGGAACUUUUAAAAUGGACAAGACUAAUUUAACAUGUAUUUUUCUGCAGGAUCAAUGGGAGGAAAAAGUAUCUUACUCUAUCCAAACCUCGAAUGGCACUCUUCUGCUAAAACUACAAAGGAACAGGUACACGAAACUAAGUCAAAUUAGAUACAUAUUUUAUUAAGACUGUUUAGAGGAACACUGUAUCCUUAAAAUUUUACAAUUUAUACUGACUGUAUACAUUUUCUUCAUAGUUACUGUGAGGAUAACUAUGGGGUGAUAAAUAUUAAAAAUAAUAUUUUAUAAACAUUAGCAAAAAAUAAUUUAAUAUAUAUAUAUAUUUUUUAAUAAAAAUUGAUAUAUUGGCACGGUUUCCCCUUGAUUGAUUUAAAGCGAAGAGUUACCCACUAUUUUAACUCUUAUAGACCCUGGUUUACGUUUUAUUAGAGAAUUUGUAUUUCACACAAUAAUCACAAAUUGAUUAUAAAAUAUAAUUUAUUGUGACAAUAAUUAAUAAUAAUAAUAAUAAUAACAAUAUGUAACAUGAGUGACAAUAAUCAGUGAAUAUUUAGGUAUAACAUAAGUAUACAAUAUGACAAUGGUUUUGACACAAUUAAAGAUAACUCAAUAGCAACAGUUAUAUCCACAUAAAUGCAAUUUUCAACAACAUUUACUACAGAAAACUUCAACUUUCAUCUAGACAUUCCUUAACACAGAACACAUCACAGCAUCCCACACCACAGCUUGCAGACGUAACUUUGACUGUCAGUCUGUAUCACUCACUGCUGGCUACAAUUCUCUAAAACACCUUUAAUAUUGCAAUUAACAAAUUUAAUAUUUCUCACACAAGAAAUCAGUUUAACUUUUUUCUUUUAAUCCAGUAUGCCAAAAGAAUAAUUCUAAUUAAAAUUUUACAUUGCAGAUGAUUUACUUUUCUGAUUAAAGAUUAACUGUCCCUAAUUUCAAAUUGGUCAAUAUAUCUGCAUAAUAGCUUGAUAUGCUAAAAAUGGCAAAUUACCAGUAAAUAUAUUGUUCACUUAUUCCACCUGCAGGAAUGGAACAUGGAACCAUAUAUUUCCUCAGCUAAUUCAGAUUUCAAAGAGUUUAAAUCUUACUAGCCAUAUCCAGGUAUAUUUCUGCUUUUUGUAAAAAUUAAUUCAAAUAAAUUAAACUAACUGAAACAAACAUUUUUACCAGCUUUCUUGGUAGAAAUUCUUUAGGCUUGGAAAUGUACUCCAUGAAUGGUGGGUGCCAGUAUGAGUAUGUUUUUAAAUGGAGAUUGUGAAUGAGGGAAUUAUCAGCGUUCUGAUCAUUAAAGGAUUCCAGAUUCAGUUGGAAAAGACAGAGUUAGAUUUUCAAAGUUCCAGAAUUUAGUUGGAAGAGAUACAGAGAGUUAGAUGUGUCCAGCUUUUGGUUAAUGAUCAAAGACCUCUUUUCUCCGGCCUUCCUCAAUUUUUAAGGAAGAGCUUAUAUUAACUUUCUUUACCUCACUAAUUUAAAGUGGCCAAUGGAAUCAAGUGGGUGUAUCUUCUCUAUGGAUUGUCAUAUAGACUUUGAUCAAUAGGUGGCAUUGUAACACUACAAGAAAUUCUCAUCAAGAAAUCCAACUACAACUUUGUAUAAGGGGUUAAUUGAAUUUCGUGAUGCGUUUGACGUCAUAGUUGUGUUAUAUUUAUGGUUCAUUUGUCACAUAUCUAUCAAUCUUCAAAAAGACUUCUCAGACAUAGCGACUACUUUUUGGGCCAUCAAGUAUGAUUUUGAUGCAUUUGGUCAACUUUCUAAUACAAUGGAGCCUUGUAGCAAUCCACUAAGUUUUAAAGUAAAAUUAAUUAGUUUAGUGUUAUCUCUUUCUGGUAAUCCUGUGUGUCUUUUUUUUAGUUACACUGUCUCAUUGUGUGAAACUAUGUGCAUUACUUAGUAAUGUGACAUCAUGUGAUAUAUACAUGUCUUUUACAUACAUUCAGCUAAUAUUAGUUUAAUAAUAACGCAUUACCUCCAUUGUGACUCUAUCCAUGAAUAUUCAAUAUUAUUAACAUAGGUACUAUUUAUAUAUAUCUAAACAUGAUUAUAGUUAGUCUAUAUCUAUAUAAAUAGAUAGAUAGAUAGAUAUAACAAAAAAGAUUGGAGAUCUGGCACUCUACCUUAAUAUAGUGGUAAUCAAAUUAAGCCAAGGUGCUGCACAGCGUAGGUAUAUAAAAUGGAAGAAUGAGAGCACUCUUUGGAUUUUGUUCAGGAAGUAAUUUGUGUUGUAAUCAAAGGAUCAACAUUUCGACCCAUAGGUGAGUGAGUGCUGUCAUUUUCCCAUUAUUUAUUAAUAUAUAUCUGUUAAUAAUAUAUAUAUGUAUGGAUAGUUAUUACAAUGUUAAACAAAAUUCUGCACACCAGUCAAGUCAUAAGCCUUGCUUUUCCCACAGAAAUCACAAAUUUACAGUAAUGUUACUACCGCAAAGGAUUCUGGGUGGGCAGAUGCAAAUUAAUUUAACAAAGAAUCACAUUUUUGCCUCAUUCCAUUUUAAACAUGGAUUCAUUUGAGUCUGUGUUUGCUGUAUACAACAACUUUGAAUAUAUAUGUAUGUAUAUGUGUCUGGGCUUUUUCAACCCCCCUUGUAGCAGACAUAAGUUCUUGUAGAAACAAGCUUAAAUCUGGUCAAUGUUUACGUUAGCCGCAUUCCAGAGUUUGAAUGAAUAGAGUUAGAGAAACAAAAUGUGUGUCUGAGCUUUUGCCUUUUGUUACAAAAUGGAGUCACAUCUGCUAAGUGGUGUCUUACAGUAUACAUUUUUAAUUUCUAUCUUACCACAAAAUGUCUGCCAGUGAAAAUAUUCUGACAGUACACAAAUCACACUAUUGCCCACAAUAAAACACCAGUUUUGUCAUCUUUUUGCAAUUCACAAUGUUUACAUAUAGUAACUGAUGCAAUUAGAGUGCUAAUUAUAACAUUUUAUUUUUUUAUCACCUUAAAAAUACAGACAUUAACUAUAUAACUCAUUGGUUUACUGCAGAGGUUUUGUGAGUCCUGACUUUGAGCGAUUUGAGUACCACACACAUGGUGGAUUACGGCCACUAAACCACACUCGACAGGUAAGUGUAAUGACCUAAAUUCUGUAGCAAGGGUUAUAAUCAAUCAGUCGGGAACCAGCUUGAGAUAUUUGUAAUGUGAGUAUAAAUUGUGCACAUAUAGAAAAAGGAGGCGGUUUAGGUGCUUGUUCAAAAAUCAAUUUUACAAUAUCUAUUAUGUAUUAAUUAAAUUAUCUCUAAAAUGUAAAAUAUGCACGUAAAAUAUAUUAACAAUAUAAAGAACAAUUUAUGCUCUUUUUAUUGGCUAAUUUUGUAUUUCUUUUCUAAACUACUGUAACUUUUUAGAAAUGUAUCCUGUGAAUUGUCUGCUGCUAAUGUGUGUGUGUUUACACUCACCCACACUAGCCCUGUUGUGCAGUGAUAUGCCCAGGUACUGCUGAGCAAUCCUUCCAGAAUUGUGAUGUGCCAACCUGGGAGGGGGUUAGUGAUGACAUUCAUGGAGAGCAUGUUCUAGUGAUGCAGGCAUACAUGUUUCCAGCCUACGUGGCUGUUAAAAGUUUUCAGCUGACCAUGGUAUCUUCUACGGUUGGCCAACCUUCUAUUGAGGAAUCGAACAAUUUAUGGACAAACUAUUGUUGUUUUAACCGGUUGAGAAGAAUUAGACAGGGACAGAAUUUCUGGUGCAAUAUGAAAAUUCGUAAUUUUUUAAAUAAAAAAUAAAGGGUGAGUUUCAAUAGAGCUUCAUGAGUGGCAAAGAAUCAACAUAAUGCUAACAAUUCAUUGGUUAGUAAGUUAUCGCUCAGCAUCGAGACUUCUGACGUAUACCAUAUUUUACUUUUACAAUUUAUAUAAUGUUUAACUCCAUAAAAGCUGAUUAACAAUAAAACUUUAUUUUUAUUACUGCAAACUUAUCACACUGCACUAUUAACUUACUUGAUAGUGGGUAUAUCUAGAUUAAUGGUAUCUGUUAAAUAUCACUUAAUUUACAGUUUAAUCUUAUAGUGUGUUUAUGACUCAAACUUGUGGCACAGUAGUUGAAUGCAAUGACAGAUGGAUACAAGAUAAAAGAAAAAGAAAACGUUAAUCUAAGGUUAUAUGAGGGUACGUUCCUUGGCUAGACGUGACCAAGCAUAUUUAAUAUUUUAGCUUGAGAACAAAUUGUCUGCUUAUGCAUUUGAAGUGGAUAACUUUAAAUAUGGCUUCCUAGCAUACAAAAUGGCUUUACUAAGUUUGUAAAUUGUCUAACAGUAGCCUUCCCAUUCACAGAGCUGUUGCAGAUGAUCAGAGCAAUUCGGAUGAUUUUGCGAAUGUCCCAGUGAUUUCUUUUUAUGAUAAAUUUCAGUGAUUAUCUUCAUAUAUGAAAAAAGCAGGGUUCUCCAGAAUAACCCAGGAGGGCAGGACAUGCCUAUGGAAAAUAGAAUGUCAAUGCAGAUGUAUUUUAUAGCAUCAGUUUAGGUUUAUGGAUCUAAGUUAUAUUUAAUAUCUACAGCUUAUGCUUAAUGAAGAAUUAUCAUAAGCAACUGCAACCAAUUAGGUGCCUGCUUGCAUUAAUCUUAAAGACAGAAUAUAAAUUGCAAUAUUAAUUAAGUAAUAGCAAUAGUAUUCAUACCUGCUUUAAUUUUACACCUGUUUUCCUUUCCCUUAUAGACACAUUCCUGUUAUUAUCGUGGAACAGUAGAUGGGGUGCCGAACUCACUUGUUGUGCUCAGCACGUGCCAUGGACUCAAGUAAGCUGAUAUCCUUAAGGGGGUUUGUGUUAUUAAGUUACCCCAGGUACCAUGUAACUGAUUAUCCCAGUAGAAUCAUACUAUUAUUUAUUAUUAUAAAAUCAUUCCUACUAUUUGAAGGCUCAUCCAACUUGGGAUGUUAAGAUAAAAGCAGAUCUAGGUAAUUUAUAUAGUUUCGGUAACUGGUGCCAGGUAAUAAUUGUACAUUAAAGGGAAAUUGUAUGAAAGGGUUAACAUAUUGUGCUAUCUGCUCAACUAAAAUUAACCUGAAAUUAUUUAGACAUGAUGUGAUGCUACCUGUUCAAGUAAAAUUAACAUGAAACUGUUUUGAAAUAUUUCCAUUGUGACUUCUCCUUUUCUCUGGAACAUGUAAACACGUUAUUGUACGCAUUACACUGUAACUUCUUUAUUUUUGUGUGUAUACCCUUUAAGGUUAAAAAGAUAGUUUUCACAUUCUGUUACAAAUAUUAGCUACUUGCCUAUAUAAACUGAAUGCUUACCUGCAAUAAAAUGAAGUAGCGAUUCAGCAUACCUUGGUGUGUCUGAGCUAUUGCUUCCCGAGUUUGAGGGUGUGCCUCAAUCGUGUCUGAAUAAGAAGAAUAGCUGCAGCAAAGGAAUAGUCUCCCCGGGACGAGAAUAGAAGCACCGCUCUGUAGGUACAAUAACCAUUUCAUCUCAUCAAAUUGGUUAGAGUGCAUGGAGUCCUCUCACACUCUCUGUCCAUUCAGUGUUAAAACAUUUUGAGCAGUUUAAGACUUAAUAAAAGACCCUGACCACUGAGAACUUGGCCCCUACUGGAACCAUACCAAUUCAUACCAGCUGUUAUAGACUGAAAGCAAUCAGCUGAUACUCUCAUCCAAUCAGAGCUUCCCAUCGCUUCUCAGGCUUCCUCAUUAGCCUAAACAGCACAGAGGGGAUUGCUGCUGAGGACUUUUAUUUAGCAUUAAAACUAUAAAAACAGUUUUACACUGAAUAGAAUGAAGGUGCCAAAAGAUUUCAGACACUAUAACCACUUUAAUGAUAUGAAGCAGUUACAGUGCCAUCAGUGUCCCAUUAAAGGAAAUUAUUACAAUGCGUGUUCAGUACACCUUAUUGGACACUGGAUCCACUGGAAUGCUUUGGUAUCCCAGACUGUGCUACACAAACUACUUUGAUAUUUAAUCAGGUAAAAAUCCUACACUCCAUUAAACAGACCUGUAUCAGCUAAAGGGAGACUAGAAAAUCCAGUUCUUUAGGCUUACGCAUUUCACACAAUGGACAUUUUUUUCUCUCUUCACAUAUUUUGAACCAACAGAAAUUAUUUAAAAGCAAGGUUCAGGAAGAGUGAUAUCAAUAUAAUACCUGCAGAAUAUGAACGGACAGUGUUUUUGCCAUUAGACUAAAAUGCUCUGUUUCGUAGUACGUACUGCAUUUGUUCUCGUGAUACAUCUUUCUUUCUAAUCUAAUCCUGGUGUUCAAUCUUCUGUUUUUGUUACAGUGGUCUUGUGCACAUAGAAGAUAAAUAUUUUGUGAUUGAGCCAGUAAAAAACACAUCGCAAGGGGAACACCUAUUAUUUGAAUUAGAAAAGCCAGAUGGUACCAGUAUGUGUGGUGUGGAGGAUUUUGAGAAAAUGACGCCGCACACAUUACUGCCUUCAUUCUAUAAGCUGAGAAGGGUAUGGCUUUAUCAAGGUCUAUAUGCAUUAUGUUCUUCAAAGUGUGUGAGACUGGACAUGUUUUAUGCUGUGUGACUUUUUGUGGAUGUUAGUUCCAUGCUAUCUCUCCCUGGAUGUGUCACUCUCUCUGCAUAUUGUUGCGUAGCUCAAUGGUUUUGUAUUUUGUGUGUGCAGAAAGGUUUGAUGGGAUAUAGUACACAUAUUCCAUAAGCCCAGUGCUUAACAUACUCACUCAUAAUUAUUUCCCCAAACAGAUGAAGAGAGAUGUACUGCCUACAACCAGUUAUGUGGAGCUCGGCAUGGUAGUGGAUAAUUAUAGGGUAAUUACAAAAUUAUUUAGAGAUUAUAUCUCAUUAGAACAAUAUUCAAAACAGUUUUUCCAUUUACAAAUUCAAAGUUUUAUAUGUCAUGCUCUGAUGUAUAGGACCCAAACUGUGUUGUGUAUAACUUAAGUUUCAACAUUUGCCCAUUUGUCUUGGGGGUAACCUUUCUUAAGCUGGCUGAGUGAUUUCCGUGUUGACUUGACUUAUUAGUCAGCUGAGCAUUCUAGAAUUCAGUUAGUGUGGAGUUUGCUUUAAUUAAACUACUUUAUAUAUGCUCAUCAGAAACUUUAUCGUCCCUUGCAGUUUCUCCAGUUCCAAUGCACUCUGUCAGGUAUUAUAGAUGUCCCUCUUUAUUAAGGAAUUGUCACUUUUCUUAUCUUUUCUGUCUAAGGCCGACUGCAGUGAGUUAAACCAUGAGACCUACUGUAAAUGGAUAAAAAGGUGAUCACCUCGGUGACAAUAGUAUAGUAACACAUGAACGAAACAAUAAGGAUCGCUAGCAUGACUGAUAUAAAAAAAAAAACUUUUAAUUAACGUUAAUUCAUACAAUUAAAUUUUUAUUUCAGAAAAAUUGAAAAGAAUUUCAGUGAUGUGACCAUAUGAUCUUUACAGGGAAAUAGCCUUCCUGAUAUCCUUACACCAAAGGUAUCAGUGUAGGAGUGAAUUAAAAGGCAAAAUUAAAAAACGUAAAAAGGGGUGAGAACUGUUAUAUUUUGAAAGCCAGAUGUAAAUCCGCCAGUUGUGAAUAAUUUUAUUCAGAGCAUAAGCAGACUAGGUUUGCGAUAUGUACCUUCUUUGCACCAAUUGCUCUUUUUCCUCUAUUUGGGAAGAGUAUUUCUCUGAACAUUAAAUGUGUUUGGCAUGGCAUAUUUAUGAAAUGUAUUCAAUGUCAUCCUUUUUUUUCAAUGUCUGUUCAGUAAAAUCUAUUUAUUUAUUUUUACAAAGUAUGGAAUUGACAAUUCAAACACAACGGCCGUGGAGGUGGAGGCUAUCCAACUAACAAACAUUGUGGAUUCGGUAAAUAUCAUUUAUAUAUAUAUUUAUAUAUUUUAAUAGCAUACCUUAUUCAGAGUAGAAUAUUAAAGGGACACUAUAGUCACCUGAACAACUUUAGCUUAAUGAAGCAGUUUUGGUUCGCCGAACGGUUCGCCACGGACGGCGAACAUAUGCGGUAAACUUUGACCCUGUACCUCACAGUCAGCAGACACAUUCCAGCCAAUCAGCAGCAGACCUUCCCUCCCAGACCCUCCCACCUCCUGGACAGCAUCCAUUUUACAUUCAUUGUGAAGCUGCAUUCUUAGUGAGCUGUCCAGGAGGUGGGAGGAUCUGGGAGGGAGGUUCGGGACAUCACUAGUUUUGGUGUAUAGAACAUGCAGUCUCACUGCUCAAUCCUCUGCCAUUUAGGAGUUAAAUCCCUUUGUUUAUGAACCCUAGUCACACCUCCCUGCAUGUGACUUGCACAGCCUUCCAUAAACACUUCCUGUAAAGAGAGCCCUAUUUAGGCUUUCUUAAUUGCAACUUCUGUUUAAUUAAGAUUUUCUUAUCCCCUGCUAUGUUAAUAGCUUGCUAGACCCUGCAAGAGCCUCCUGUAUGUGAUUAAAGUUCAAUUUAGAGAUUGAGAUACAAUUAUUUAAGGUAAAUUACAUCUGUUUGAAAGUGAAACCAGUUUUUUUUUCAUGCAGGCUCUGUCAAUCAUAGCCAGGGGUGGUGUGGCUAGGGCUGCAUAAACAGAAAAAAAAGUGAUUUAACUCCUAAAUGACAGUGAAUUGAGCAGUGAAAUUGCAGGGGAAUGAUCUAUACACUAAAACUGCUUCAUUUAGCUAAAGUAAUUUAGGUGACUAUAUAGUGUUCCUUUAACUGGGAUGCCCAGGCACACACAGUGACAAAUUAGCCAAGGUGCUGUACAAGCCCUACCUGCUGCCUCACACUUGUAGUACUGUUCCAACAGAUGUGCCAAAAAACAUCUCAAUUUUAUUAACCAGAAAAUUGGUUCUGUGAAGUUGCAUCCUUGAAAGAACUGCAUGCUAAUUGAAAAGUAGCUUUUGAAUAGUGGACAAAGAAUCAUAGAUUCUACAGAUUUAGGACAGUAACCAGGGUUAAUAAUACAUGGAUACUAGGGACUGUAAUUGGAGUUUGUAAGGCCAAAUACUGGGUUUGACUCUACAGGGUAAUUUUUUUUUCUCGUCUUUGCAUGUGUCAUUGGCUUGUGUCAUUGUAAACCUGGUCAUCCCUUAGAAUGUUGUGAGCUGUGACUUUAUGGGUUUUUACUAUUCCAUGUUGCAGCGUCAAGAAUAAUGCAGUGCGCAUGCUCCUUCUGACGCAUGAUGACAUUAAAGUCUGGUUCCAUGUAAGCCCAUGUCUCCAUGAGAUCAGUGCCAUUUCAUGUUAAUGUAUGUAGAAAAGGGUACAGCAGUUCAAAACCUAUCAAACGUACUUUAAUAUGUGUUGGUUAUUUGAUGGAGUGUUAACAGAGUAUCCCUUUAAGUUUGAUAAGAAAACAAAUUGUUAAAAUUCUACAUCAAAAUCUAUCGUCCACUUUUUGAUAAUAUUGGGUAUAUUCAUGUAAUUUUGUUUGUUCUUCUUCAGAUGUUUCAACCUCUAAAUAUCCGAAUAGUCCUUACCAGCCUUACAAUCUGGGCCUCAGGCAAUCCUAUUAAUGUAAAUGCAGAAAGUGCUGGGAAUGUACUAGGAGGUUUUUCAACUUGGAGAGGGAGCACCUCAGGAUUGAAGAGAACUGACAUCUCACAUCUCCUAAUGUGAGCUUUCAAGAAAGGUCCACCCAUCCGUUUUGCUUUGUUUCCUUCUUCCUGAAGCUGGGAUUUUUUAAUUUUGUUUUUUUGUUUUAUUUUGAUCAGGGUGGGGGUGUAGGGUUAAUGUAUAUUGAUGACUAAUGGGUUUGAUUUAACCCACGUAUAGACAGCUAUUUGGUGCAACUGUUGAUGUUGACUUAGAGCUAGCAAGUCUCACAGCCAAAGCCAUAUUCAGAGGUAGCACUUCUGUAGCAUAAUCCUCCUGAACUCUGGAAAUUCCUGAGUCUCUUGACCUCCAGCAAGUCUCAGCUGAUGUCCAUUCUCAACUCUAAUCCAUCCCUACCUUCUCCUGUACCUCUCUAACUAUCUCCUCAUAAAACACUAAACUCACCUCUGACCUGGAUGCUGCAGCCCAGCUCCAAACAUUCACAUAGAGGGCAUGCCUCCAACCGUGGCAGACUAAGUCACACACUGAUGCUCCGAAUUAGCUGAACACUACUGUAAGAAGUCUCGCACCUUGUCAGACUUUCUCCAUUACAAAAUAAUCUUGCACGAAUACAACACAGCCCUCACCCUUGCUAAACAAUCAUACUUUUUCUCUCUCAUUAGUUCAUACCCUUACAAGCCAAGACAUCUCUUUGAUACCUUCAACUCUCUUCUUUGCCCUGCUGUGCUCACACCCCACCCCAAAACUAACCUUUAAGCUGAUUGCUUUGCAUGCUAUUUUACUGACAAGAUUAACCAGAUAAGGAAAGAAUCCCCACACCUCCCCUCCUUCUUUCUCAACCACACUUGCUUUUCCUACUCUUCAGGCCUUUUCCCCAUCUACUGAACAGGAGGUGGCUGCCCUUCUCCUUUUCUCUCGCCCAACCACUUGUCCGCUUGAUCUUGUGUCACCUUAUCAGAUCCUUAAUGCAUAUCUUCAACUCUCUUUACUCUGGCAUUGUCACUACUUCCCUCAAAUAUGCUACUUUCUUACCUGUCUGAAAAAAAGCCAUAUCUUGACUUGUCCUCCCCUUCUAACUAUCAUCCCAUAUCUCUGCUCUCUUUCUCCUCAAAGCUUCUGUAAUGACUUGUCUUUACCCAUCUAGAAUGCUUUCUCAAUAGCAAUUCUCACCAUUACUGCUAAAUCAAACUUGCAUGACUUUUCAUGGGCAGCUCAAUUUCGUUGGAACAGCCUGCCUACCCCAUCAUACGCUCCCCUAGUCUUCAAUGAUUUAAAAACUCCCUCAAAACCCAUCUCUUCAGUGGAGCUUAUGGCCCCUGGAGUAAUUCUAUUUUACAAACCUGCCUCUUGAUCUCUCUUAGAGGGUUACACUCCACUCUUACCUUUUAGUUAUGCUACCUUUCCAUCUUGUUGCUUGGUUGCUAUCCCCCACUUUGCCAUUCAUAUUGUGUCUGUUAUACCCCACCUACCCAUGAUUGUAGCAUGUUUGAGCAGUAUAUAUAUACUAAUUCCAAUAAUAAUAAUAAUAAUAAUGAACUGUGACUUCUGUUAUGUUCAGCAACGCUGUUGAUCACAUGUACAUUGUGGGACUUGUGGUAAACAGCACUUAGAAUAACUUCUUAGAAUGGUAUUGUUAGUGUUUAAAUAACAGUUAAACUAUGAGAAAUGUAUGAAGUAUAUUGGACUAGCCUCAUCUUUUACUCAUACAUACCAAGAGUUUGGUAUUGCUAUGUGAAAAACAUGCACCCAUAUGAUUUAUGGAAAUAUUAUUGGCAAGACUAUUUAAUUUCAAUUACUUUAUCCCAUGAUUUAGUAGUUACAAUGCAGAAGGUAGCCAGAAGGGGAAACAUUGUGUACCCAGGGGUAGAAAUUAAAAAAAUAAUAUAUAGAAAUACAAAGAAUCACUAGAUACACUAGCCAUUGGAUCAGAGAUGUGAUUUGCCAUACUUACCUCUCUAUUAGUCAUUCUCCUCCUUCAUUCCUGAAGGCUCACUGGAGUGAUGGCGACAUCCUAGGUAGCUAAUCCAUUGAUCAUAACGUCUGACAGCAUCAUCUCAGCAGAUAUACCAGACUGCCAUCUGGAAUAGCCUUUAUACAUCCAGCAAACACCACCAGCUGGACUUCUGGCUCUCAGGAUGCAGUUGUAGGGUGUUCAAGUGGUGGUUAAAGCCUUAGCUCAUGGUGACCCAUCCUUUCUGUGUAGACUUGCUAUGUCACAUCAAUAAACACUGCUGCUUGAUAUUAGAAAAGAGUUGUAUUUGUUAUUUAUUGUACAAUCCUUUUUUGUAUUAUAAGUGUCAGAACUUAAUUUUUGCAGUUAUCUGGUGUCCUGUGUUUGCAUGUUUUCCCUGGUGUUUCCAGGUUAAUUAUACAAUUUUCAUUUACAUGGUGGUUGCAUACGAUGGUCAUAUAUCUGACCAUGAAAUCCACAAAUUAGUCUUCUUCUGGGCUCUACAAUUUUUAGACAAAGUUCUAUACUAUAUACCUAGAUCAUUAAAUGUCAUUUUAAAUUACCCUUUAUUUCAGAGGGCGUGGAGCCAUCAACGGUGUUCUUGGGAUGGCUUUUGUCGGAACUGUGUGUUCCCCCUCUUAUGGCACCUCUAUCAGUAUGGUAAGUGAACAUUUACUGUAUCUUUAAUUUUUCUUUUUUUGCUUUUCUUUUUUUUUAAGGUCAAAAUUGUCUGAUUUCUUUUUUCGUUGCAGUUUUCAUCAAGUACUUCCCUGGCAGGACACACCACGGUACUCGCUCAUGAACUUGGGCACGUUCUUGGGAUGAGCCAUGACGACACAUGCAGUGGAGGCAACUAUAUUAUGCACAGCUCAGACGCGUAAAUACUGAUCAAUUAUAACAAUCACUUUAAAACUUAGUGUCUACCUGCAAUAUCAAUAAUAGCCCAAAAAAAUAGUUUUUUAAAAAAGUUUGAGCAUGGAGUGAAUUGCAGGUAGGGCCGUGGAUGAAUUAGUAAGGUAACAAAGCGCCCCAUUUAGAUGAAAUUGUUAUGGUGACCGGAGUGUUUCUUUAAAAUAAUAUAUAUAUAUAUAUAUUUUUUUUUUUAUCAAUUCAAAAUUUAUUUAUAUAUUCUGGAAAUAGCUUUUUCUAGAAUGUCCUCUAAAACAAAAAUAAUUAUUUACUAAAUUGGAAACUGUUCAUGAAAUUGCAAUGUAGGUCAAAUUAGACAAGCUGGGAAAACAGCUGAUUAAUAGAAUUGUUUUUAUAUAGUUAUGCUAGUUUGUCCUAAAAAAUUUAAUUCCCUUGUCAAUUCUCAACAACUCCCAACUGUGAAAUACCCUGUAUGAGCUACUUGGUUUUAAUCAUAGGUUUACCUAAACUAAUAAACUAAAACCUAUAUUAAAGGUAUAAUUAUAUUGCUUACAUGCUUAUCUUUUUCAGGGGAGCAAAAAAAUUUAGCACCUGCAGCUCCAGUGACUUUGAGAGCUUAAUUUUGAGAGGUGGUGGAACCUGUCUUCAGAACCCCCCAGAUCCUAACCAGGUGCUGAGUAUCCCUGAGUGCGGAAACAAAAUUGUAGAUCAGGGAGAAGAUUGUGACUGCGGCACUGUACAGGUAAGCUGGAACCUUACGACGGUCUGAUUAUUAAACCUUGAAAGAUGCCUCUUUAGUAGUAAGAUAGGACACAUUUAGGUCAAUUUGCUCUCCUGCUUAAUUCAGUUAUGUUCAGAAGUGUAUUUACUAUCAGAGUUCGCAGGCUGGCUUCCCUAAUCUGUGAUAAAGCAUAACAAGUGUAUUUGCACAUUUUACUACUUGUGUGCACGUUAUGGUGAAAUAUGAAAGUUUGAUCUAAAAUGCUUUACCUUUAUUCUAAAAAAUGGAAUUGAACAAUGUAGCAUUAGGAAUAGAAACCUGUAUUCCUAAUGCUAUUGUGUCCUUGUCCCUAAGGUUAUAGGUCCCCCACCCCUGUCCAGCAUAAAAUUACUUUAAUAAGAAAAAUUAUUUUACUUACCUUUUGGCUAAGUCUCCUCCUUCUGUGACAUCAGGACGAUGGUGAGACUUAAUGUGCAUGCACGGUGAAUCAGUGCUUUGAUAUGGGGUGUUUGAAAAUGUUAGUCGUCCUCAUGCAAACGUGAGGAUGUCCAACAUGGUUUAAUGGAGUAAAACUAGGCUAAGGACCUGGAAGCGCCUCCAGUUGCCAGAAGACAGCCACUAGAGGUGGAGUUAACCUUGCAAUUUCAUCAUUCCAAUUUCUCAGAAACUGCAAUGUUUUACAUAUCAGGGUUAAACAGACAGGGACACUGCACCCAGACCACUUCAUUGAGAUGAAGUGGUCUGAGUGUCCAUAGUGUCCCUUUACCAAAAACAAAAAUUGUAAUUCUUUUGUUAGUGAUUUGUGUAUUUUUUAUGAAAUAGUUUCUCUUAAUCCCUUCAUUUUCAUUGACUCAUCAGGAAUGCAAUAAUCCUUGUUGUGAUGCUGCCACCUGCAAACUUACGAAGGGAUCAGCGUGUGCACAAGGCUUGUGCUGUGAAAACUGUCAGGUAAGAUGAGAAACCCCAUUAUCUUCCAAUCUGUUCGAUUAUGAAACCGAUAGUGAGCCUAAUCUAAUAGAGAAAUUAAAACAGAAUGGGUAACCUAGGAUGGGUUACCCAUUUUUUGAUGUUCUGCAGGAAUCACAUUUGCAAAUGUUGCUACCUGUAAAAUGUGUGGGGCGGGAGGAGGGGAUUUAUCUUGAGGCUGGAUUAUAUUGUAAUACCGUGAAAUGUAUUUUUUACAAUUUUUUGGGGCUUAAUUAAUAAUUUCAUGUUCACAACAGUCUGAGGAGCAAAUGUUUGAAAAGUUUUUUUUUUUUUUAAAUCUAUAACUGUGCUUGCAUUUCUGCCAAAUGGAUAGAUGCUGCUUUAAAAUCUUUCCUUCUAAAGUGUUGACACUACAUGACAUAUAUGCCUUAAAGCAGAUCUCUCUAAUUUCUCCAAUUACUUUCCAAUUUUCAGUUUAAAGUUGCUGGCACACCUUGUCGCCCUCAAAACGGUUACUGCGACUUUCCAGAGUAUUGCAAUGGGACUAAUGGCCUGUGCCCAGCAGACUUUUAUAAAAUGAAUGGUUACCCAUGCAACAACAGCACAUCUUAUUGCUUUAAUGGGAUUUGCCAAACAUAUGAAGGACAGUGCCAAAAUCUAUAUGGAACCAGUAAGUGAAACACCACGUACAGUGAUUACAGUGUAACUGAAAGAGAGUUUUCAUAAAUGUAUAUUUCUAUAAGCAUAAAGCCAACCAGAUACAGCAUUUACAAUCAGUGUAAAAUAUUUGAAGGGGGAGAGGUAAAUUCGUAGAAGGUCUAUAUAAGCAAGCGAAUAAACGGACUUAGUACAUGCUAAAUACAAGGAGACAAGACAGGUCGUAUUUGUGAUUCCCACCACCGUCAAACAUGAAUAUGCCUGCUAAAUUACAGAGAGAGAGAGUCUUUUGCCUCUCCCUUUCCUGCUUAUCUUUGAGCAGGGAAGGUAUGUUACAGUGAGGGGAAAAAGUAUUUGAUCCCCUACUUAAUUUGAAUGUUUUUCCACUGACAAAGAAAUUAUCAGUCUAUAAUUUUAAUGGUAGGUGUAUUUUAAAAGUGAGAGACAGAAUAACAAAAAAAAAGUCCAGAAAAACACAUGUCAAAAAAGUUAUAAAGUGAUUUGCAUGUCUAUGAGUGAAAUAAGUAUUUGAUCCCCUAUCAAUCAGCAACAUUUCUGGCUCCCAGGUGUCUUUUAUACAGGUAACGAGCUGAGAUUAGGAGCACUCUCUUAAAGGGAGUGCUCCUAAUCACAGCUCGUUGCCUGUAUAAAAGACACCUGUCCACAGAAGCAAUCAAUCAGAUUCCAAACUCUCCACCAUGGCCAAGACCAAAGAGCUGUCCAAGGAUGUCUGGGACAAGAUUGUAGACCUACACAAGGCUGGAAUGGGCUACAAGACCAUCGGCAAGCAGCUUGGUGAGAAGGUGAAAACAGUUGGUGCGAUUAUUCGCAAAUGGAAGAAACACAAAAUAACUGUCAGUCUCCCUCGGUCUAGUGCUCCAUGCAAGAUCUCACCUCGUGGAAUUUCAAUGAUCAUGAGAACGAUGAGGAAUCAGCCCAGAACUACAUGGGAGGAUCUUGUUAAUGAUCUCAAGGCAGCUGGGACCAUAGUCACCAAGAAAACAAUUGGUAACACACUACGUGUGAAGGACUGAAAUCCUGCAGCGCCCGCAAGGUCCUCCUGCUCAAGAAAGCACAUGUACAGGCCCAUCUGAUGUUUGCCAAUGAACAUCUGAAUGAUUCAGAGGAGAACUGGGUGAAAGUGUUGCGGUCAGAUGAGACCAAAAUCGAGCUCUUUGGCAUCAACUCAACUCGCCGUAUUUGGAGGAGGAGAAAUGCUGCCUAUGACCCCAGAACACCAUCCCCACCGUCAAACAUGGAGGUGGAAACAUUAUGCUUUGGGGGUGUUCUUCUGCGAAGGAGACAGGACAACUGACCUGCAUUAAAGGGACGAUGGAUGGGGCCAUGUACCGUCAAAUCUUGGGUGAGAACCUCCUUCCCUCAGCUAGGGCAUUGAAAAUGGGUCGUGGAUGGGUAUUCCAGCAUGACAAUAACCCAAAACACACAGCCAAGGCAACAAAGGAGUGGCUCAAGAAGAAGCACAUUAAGGUCCUGGAGUGGUCUAGCCAGUCUCCAGACCUGAAUCCCAUAGAAAAUCUGUGAAAGGAGCUGAGAGUUCCAGUUGCCAAACGUCAGCCUCGAAACCUUAAUGACUUGGAAAGGAUCUGCAGACUACAAGAAACGUCUGACCUCUGUGAUUGCCAACAAGGGUUUUGUCACAAAGUACUAAGUUAAAGGGGUCAAAUACUUAUUUCACUCAUUCACAUGCAAAUCAAUUUAUAACCUUUGUGACAUGCGUUUUUCUGUCUCUCGCUGUUAAAAUACACCUACCAUUUAAAAUUAGAGACUGAUCAUUUCUUUGUCAGUAGGCAAAUGUUCAAAAGCAGCAGGGGAUCAAAUACAUUUUUAACUACAUUAGUGUAAAACCCACAGAUCUCCAAUCAUGGUGGCACUGGGAGAGCGAGGGAAGGCCAUAGCAGUUGAAAGAAAGGAAACUGAAUAUAUAAUGUAUCUUUAUAAUAAAAAAAUAUUUAUUGUUUAAUGAGUUGUUAAUGUUCACGUUAAUAUAACUAGUAUAAAUGUAUUACAACCAAAUGUAUGUCCUGUCUUGAUGUUAUUAAUAUGCAGUGAAUGUAACUAACUUUAUCCAGAAUUAAGCCUAUGACUUAUAUCCCUCAGUUGGAGCUGUGUUAUCUAGUGGCCUAUGGCCAAAUCCAGUUGAACACUGACUUUGCUAAACAUUACCAUUCUGAUAUCACUGAGUUUAUUGUGGAAUAUUUAAGGAGAUUUAUGUAGAUGUUUGUUGCAAGGAGUUCAUGGGUCUUCCUGAUUUAGUGAAUAACCCAAAAAUGAAUUUAUAUUCAUAUACCAAUUUAAUAACGUUCAAGUUUUAAGUGAAUAACCCAUUAAAGAGACCUGCAAGCAGAAAAAUUCUGGGUUUUUGCAUCCCUAGCUGACCACUCCAUUCCUUAAUGUUGCAGCUACUACCAAAGCCAUUGAUGGCUGUUUCACGAAAGGGAACCUUAACGGAGAUGCGUUUGGGAAUUGUGGAACUACUAGUAGUGGCUAUAUUAAAUGCUCGACUGCGUAAGUACCAUGGAUAAUUUUCUGAUUAUAUGCAAUGCAUUUUGACAUUCAGGUGUUUUACUUCACAAAACAUUUUGAAAUCUUUUUUAAAAAAAAUAUUUAUUUAUCAUUAAAUUCACCUUUACAAGCUGCCUUAAUUUUUUUUUUUAUAUAGUUUGGUACGUUUCAAUGUAUCAGAGUUACUAUAUUAUUUUGGCAGAAAUCAUAGACUCUGAUUUUAUGAAGGUCCUCCAGCUGAUACUCAUGGAAAGUAUUCUGAAAUUUGGGAAUUUUUAUGCCAGCUGCAAAAUCAUAGAAAACAAUUAUCUGGAAACCACAUGACACGAUAAUCACAACAUGGAGCUGGGCUAGGAAACAGAAUAAAAGGACUAGCAGCAGAAUCUAAUUUGACAGAGUACUACCACUUCCUAGCAUUUUAAUAUUAUAUCUACUUCCCCUCUAUAUUUAAAUAAUAGGUAUUUAUAAGGUGUGAAAAAUCAAAUUAAAUGUAGAAUCAAUGCCUCUUUAUCCUACAUAUUUGUAUCUCAAUCUUAGCUCCCUUUCAACCAUUGUUACAAACUCUGUCCUUUGCACCUUGCAGUCAGAAUGAAGAAAAACAACAGAAAAGAAGAAAAGUAAACAAUGUUUCUAUUUUUCAUUUCCAUUGUGUGCCCUGGCAGUGCCAGGAGAGACCUGUAUUAUUAUAUAAUUUGUUAAAUCUUUAAAGGGGCACUAUAGGCCGCCAGAUCACUUCAUCUUAAUGAAGUGGUCUGGGUGCCAUGUCCCAAUCUGCUUAACCCUGCGAUGUAAAACAUUGACUUCCUGCAGGAAUUGCAGGGUUUAAAUGCCUGUAGCGUCUAUCUGUUUGUCACCUCAUAGAGACCAUGUGAUUGGCAAAGCACAGAGUUUUGCCGCGUAUGUGCACUGGCCUCCUAAUACUUAGAUUGGCUGAGAUCAUCCGUUGUGAUGAUCUCAGGCAUGUAGGUGGGAAGACAACUCAGGCACCAAUGCUGAGAGGGAUAAAAGGAAAAGUACAACUGCUUUUUAACCUAAGCACUUGCGCUAUAGCGUUCCUUUAAUAUAAUUUAAAAGAAAGCUGAACCAUGUGGAAAAGGUGAACACAAGUUAUAUGUGAUUUUCAAUGUUUUAUACAGUGGUGUAACUUGUGGAGAAGUGGCAAGUCCCCUUCACAGGCAGUUCAAAUUAAGAAGCACCUGAGAUCUAGUUAUGAUCCAGUUGGUGUAGCUGUACAAUAAUAUAUGCAGCAACAAUUGGUAUUGAAGCUUGACUGUCAAGAGACAUAGCUUGGCAGGCACAAAUCCAGUCCAGAAUGUGACACCAUCUAACAGCAGCACACGUAAACCUGGGAUGUGUGUGUAGAAUUUUUCUGUUUAGUAUACUCCAUACUUCUCUUUAACUUUGACCCAACUCAGUUUAGAACAGAGUGUUAUGAAGGGAGAUCAGAUAUGCAAACAGGUACAGGAAAAUACAUUUAAGAAAAAGCUAUCUAUAGUGUAGUAGAAAUGGAAAUACAUCAGAAAAAAAGCUAUCUAUAGUGUAGUAGAAAUGGAAAAUACAUCAGAAAAAAGCUAUCUAUAGUAUAGUAGAAAUAGAAAAUACAUCAGAAACAAACUUCUUCCUGGAGAUCUUCGUUCUGGGAAGCUUAUCUGCCAGAAACCACUUUACUCUAGCAUAUGCAAAACACGAAAAGACAAUACUGUGAUCUAUGGAGGAUCCUGUAAGACCUUGGAGACCUCCAUAGAUCACUUCUCAUGAUGACCCUGGGGGCAUCCACAGAUCACUUCUCACGAUGAGCGAGAUGUUGCCUGAAUCUCAUAGCCAUCACUUGCGACACAUGCUGGUACUGGACAAAAGUUGACAAGGGAGCUCUGAUCAACUUUUGUCAACCUUUGUCCAUACGACAAAGUUGUCCCUACUUAGUCUUUCGGCAUAUUUUAUUUAAUUGAAAUCCCAACGCAGUGUGCAUGGUUUUUCUGAAAUAUUUCUACAUGAAGUCCUGAGAAGUGACAGAACUGCUUCGAAAUUAUCUGCCACGUAGCUUUUCAAAUAAAUACAUCACUGUGACCUGUUUCUACAAACUGAGGACACAUACAUAAUUAUCCUGCAUAAAUGGUUUUCUGUUUUUGGAAUCAUAUCUGUUUUUGCUUAUCAUUAUUUCCGUUUUGUUUCCAGGGACAGCUUAUGUGGAAAACUCUUUUGUACUGGGGAUAAUCCAAACGCCAUCCUGAACGGUGCAGUUACUUUUUUUUAUGUAAACAACACAAACAAGUGUUUCAGCGCCAACUUUAAUUUGGGUCCUGACGUUCCUGACCCAGGGAUGGUACGCCAAGGAACGGGUUGUGGUAAUGGCAAGGUGAGUGAUUGUAACUAUGUUUUUUUUAAUAUUUUUUUUUAUAAAUUCCACAUAGAAUAAUGCCAGAUAAUUGGCAAAUAUGUUGAGCAAUUCACUUCUGGCCACAAGAGUUUCAAUGCAAUUUAGUAAUCAGGAAAAUAUAAUUAUGUUAUGUAUUUGUUGUUGGGAAAAAAAUAGCUGUAAUAACAAGAAAAAAAUAAAAUAAAAUAAUGAUCUUCAAAAAAAAUUCUGACAGUCCAAAGGGCAAAUUCCAGUUGAAUAUUGAUAUCUGUGGAGGAGAAUAACAGAAGCAAGAUAUGUCUGCUCUGUUAUAAUACAACCCCAAUACUUCCGCCUCCCCCUCUGGCCUCUGAUACUUAGGAAUUUUUACACAACUAUCAACUACCCGUUACAGCAAUUUAAUGAGCUAGCCGCCUAUGCAACUGAGGGCUGUUGCAUGCCCAACCAUGACAUUAUUGCACAGUCGUUAUUCGGCAUUUGCCAACCAUACUUUAAUAACACGCAGACACCGAAAGUUCUGUUGGAGUAUAAAGUCCACAGCUUUAUUAAUUAAUAUCAAUAUAUAAAUUAACAAUUUAGGGUCAUUGUCAACAGUACUCCUUUCGUUACGCUCUCUCCUGUAUCAUACCCCCGACAAUGACCCUACCAAAACAAACAUUAGCAUAACCAAUAAUACAUACACGUAACUCACAGCCUACCAAGAGGCCCCACCUCCAUUUGUCUAACUGCAGGGGUGUACCCAGACACCCCUACACCCCUUGGUUCGUAGCCACCGACGGGCUCGAACCUACCUCCAUACUUUUAACUUCCGGCCUACUCCAGCCUAGACCUUGGCCUACCAAUUUAUUAACCCACCAAAAUUCCAGUUUAACCAAGACCUUUUCCGCCACAGCACUUGCCUUGACCCCUUAAGGACAUGUGCGACCCCCACCACACAGAAACAGGGCUUGUGCUAUCCCGUCCUGCAAACCUAAAUUAAAAAGGUCAUAACCAACAUCUGAUAAGUGCACUCCGUCAUCACGAAAAUAACCAGGUAAUCUUUCCUCCAAUUCCCGAUGCCUCACCACCACGCCUCCUAACCUUCGAAUGAACACCGCCAUGGUUCUGUUCACUUUACCCCGACAUCGAGAAACUGCCUUUGCAUCCCUGGCGUAUCUCCAGCAUAAACGAGGUACCAUCUCCGACCAUACCACUUUCACGCCAGGGAUAAGCCCCCUCAGUCUGUCAAUAUCCUGCUUCAUACACUUAACCAGUUCACGUUGGGGGACCAGACCCAAGUCGUUUCCCCCCCCCGUGAACUACCACCACGUUUGGUAAGGCCUCCUCCGCUACCUUCCGAAACAAUGCCGUAAUAAUGUGCUGCCAAUCAAACCCCCGAUAACCGAACCAGAAUAACGCCACCCGAUCCUCAGGAAAGCCCAGCUGUGUUCCGUUUCUUCUAACUGCGGCCCUCCUCCUUGCCCAAUGGAUAUACGAAUGGCCAAUUAUCCACACCGUCCAACCUAAAAUAAAACAUAACAGUGAUGAAACAGCACCAGCACUCCCCAAACCCCCACAAUCAACCACCACCUCACACCAGCCUAUCUGGCCGCACGUAAGAGCGAAAUCUGAGAGAUUCCCAUCUCCCGAUCCGUCUAAUCCGCUCAUCACCUAAGCCCAAGCGAGCCGCUUCGGUCGCCGCGCCUAUACGGAACGAAUGCGUUCCAAACUGCAUGGGCUCCAGACCCAACCUCUGUAAUCCCAAACGGAAAACCCGUACAAAUUGGAAGCGCGACAGUGUCGUGCCGUCGGUAUGUAUGAAGAAACAACCGCUCCCUACCGGGCGUUGUUCCAAAAACCCAGCCCCACUUGCCACCGGACACAACCCUGACCCCGGUAAUCCAAAUAACGUGACCAUGGAACCUUUCCCGAAGACAUCCGUCUUUGAUCGAAUCAGGCGGAUCCUCACCCUGUCCCCACCAACCAUCACAUCUUCCAACCUAAGCCCGCCAACCCCUUUCUUGUUGGCACUAAGCAACUCACCAAUCCGAAACGCCCCAAAAAAGGCCCACGAAAAAGCCGCCGUAAAUAACGCCACCUCGAACACGGAAAAACAUAUCUCAGGUAGUUUGCUCAGUAACACCUGCAACACUGCAAACGAGACUGGCCGUCUCGUAUCCUUCGUCUUCUUACCCUUCCUGUAUCCCCGAACCGCUUGCCUCACUAUAAAAUGCUUCGUCACAUCCUCCCAUCCAUUAAACUUAAACAGAAACGCUAACGCUGGCAGGUGCCUAUCCACCAUCGACAGCGAUGCUUGCUUUGCGAACAACCGGCAUAGUAUCCAUAACAGUACGUCCAGCCGAUCGUUCCCAGAGCCCGCCGCCCCUACCUGCUGCAUCGUAUCUUCCCACACUUGCCAAACCUUAACAUAGGAGAACCAAGUUCCAGGCGCCAGAGACGUCUUUAUGUACUCCCCAAGCAAGACGUCCCGAGCUCCCACAUCUCCGCAGGACAGGCUUGACCUUCUUCCUCCGCCUCCGGCGCCGCCUCCCGAAAACGCUCCCACUGUAAGCGAGACAGCGCAUCAGCGACUACAUUGGUGAGCCCCGGAAUAUGCCGAGCGCGAAACACAAUAUUAAAUGACAUGCACAAGAGUACCAAUUGCCUCAACAACCGUACCACUGGCCAUGAGGAAGCAGAUAAUCCGUUGAUAGCCUGUACCACUGCCAUGUUAUCCGUAUUGAACACCACCCUCUUAUUGGCUAACUCCGGACCCCAUAAAGCCACCGUCACGACAACUGGGAAAAAUUCCAAAAAGGCCAUGUUCCUAAUCAAGAGGCUCGCUUUCCAUGCCUCCGGCCACCCCUCCGCGCACCAUUUACCCGCUAGGUAUGCCCCAAAUCCGACGCUGCCCGAUGCAUCCGUAAACAAACCUACGGCUGCGGAGGAUCCCAACUGAUCACGAAAAAACACUCUCCCGUUAAACUCCCUCAAAAACCUCGCCCAUACCUCCAAAUCCUCUCUCAUGUCCACUGACACCCUGAUAUAAUGCGACGGUUUCCUCACCCCGCUUGUCGCCCGCGCCAAUCGUCUGCAAAAGACCCUCCCCAUAGGGAUCACUCGGCAUGCAAAAUUCAGGCUCCCUAUGAACGAUUGAAGCUCACGCAAGGUUACCUUCCUUGCCUUACCCAUCAUGCCCACUAGCCGCUGAAGGGCAUGUAGCUUGUCCUCGGGCAACCUGCACUCCCUCCGCACCGAGUCGAUCUCCAAUCCCAGGAAGCUGAGGCACGUUGUGGGCCCCACCGUUUUGUCCUCAGCUAACGGCACCCCAAACGUGUGCGCCACCCACUGGAAGGUCUGUAACACCUGGCUACAGCGCUCCGUGCGUGGCGGGCCAACGCAUAAGAAAUCGUCAAGGUAGUGCACAACAGCACCCCCAGCCGAUUCCCGCCGUACGACCCACUCCAAAAAAGUGCUAAACCUCUUGAAGUAAGCACACGAGAUGGCACAACCCAUAGGCAAGCAUAAGUCCACAAAAUACCCCCCUUCGAAAUAGCACCCCAAUAAGUGAUGACAAUCCGGGUGUAUGGGAAGCAGCCUAAAUGCUGCUUCCACAUCCAAUUUCGCCAUUAGUUCCCCUUGUCCCGCUCUCCUGACCAACUCGACAGCCUUGUCAAAUGAUGUGUAGGAAACAGAACACAGGGCCUCAUUGAUAUCAUCAUUAACCGAUGCACCCUGUGGGUACGAUAAAUGAUGUAUCAUACGGAAUUUACCCACCUCCUUCUUGGGGACUACCCCGAGUGGAGACACACGCAAACCAACUAACGGCGGGGAAGCGAAUGGUCCCGCCAUCCUCCCCAAUUGCACAUCCUUACAUAACUUUUCUCGAGCUACGCUCGGAUGUUCCCCCACCGACCGAAGAUUUUUACAUAACCCACCCGAAGCCCUUUCCUGAAACGGAAUCCUGAAACCUUCUGUAAAACCUAGCCGUAAAAACUUAGCCACCUCCUGGUUAUCGUAUAUUUUUAACCAAGGCAGCAUCGCGCCUACCUUCACCGGCGACGCCCCCAGCUGCAGCCGCAGCGGUUGAUGCGCUGACGCCCCCCCUUCCCAAGUUCGGCUUACCCUUCCGGAAGCACCUGGAGACUCCAUGAUUACCCCCGCAACAGGAGCACUCGUGCUUAAAUCUGCAUGAUGCACCCCAUUUGCAUUGGCCCUCAUUGUAGAGCCAGCAGAAACCCUUCUUCUGACCCGCCGACACGGUACCUGAGCCCGUGCCGGCCGCUCCGAGAAAGGGGGCACUUUUCUGUGCCAUCAUCAGCCUCAUCCACAAAGGCAGGUCCAUCUGGUCCCACCGCAUGGACGGAUUUGCCGCUAAUCGCUGACGAAAUUGUUCGUCAUAUUUCCACCAUGCUAAACCCCCAUAGGUCCGAUAUGUGUCCCCUAUCGCGUCUAAAUAACAAAAAAGCUGCGAACAGCGAUCAGGGUAUUUUUCCCCGAUCACGCUUGCCAAGACACAAAAAGCUCUCAACCAGUUCCCAAAAGACUUGGGUAUCUUCCGAUACCUCCGCCUCUUUUCCCCUCUUCUUUUUUCGCAUCCUUUUUAUCCUCUUCUUUCAAGUCUAAAAACUCCUCCAGGGGAAGCAGGGAAAAUAUUUCUACAAAUUCCCCUUUCCAUAUUUUAUCCUUAAUGUCUACCUUUAAGUGGCACCCCAGCGGUCCCGCAAAAGACACAUGUACAUUUUGCCGCGCCGCAUCUGUUACUUCCCCGCAGAGAACGACGUGCUCACCCUCGCCACCCGUCGCUCCUUGACCCAUCCCCGUGGUGCCCUCACCCCCCUUCGGCUCUGCUGACGCCGCGGCCUUUACCCCCGCUGCCCGACCGCCGUCCGCAGCCCACACCUUCUCAAACCGCGUCGGAGACCCCCCGUCCCCCGACCAGGAAUCUAACAGUGAUCUUAAGCAUCCUAGCAAACUUCCUGAGUGUGGUGCAGUUGGAGACUCACCGCUCAGGCCCCCGGCCGCUGCUGGGGCGCCAUCUUUUCCACAGCAUCAGCCGACCCAGAAGGAACCAGGGGACGCCGGCUCCUGCCCGCCUGUUCGUGCGUUGAUCUCGUGGGCGUCCUACUCAAUGACCUGCAAGGAGAAUACAGCCUGGGUGAUCUGUCCGACUGCAGCCUCACCCGCCCUUCAUUCCCGUGAUCAGACCCGUCUUCCCCACUCCCCCGCCUGCAUCGUCCCUCCCGCUCGAUUCUUCUCCUCCUUUGCGCAGCGUAGCUCCUCUCCGACGACCCUGACUCACUGCGCCGGCGCCUCAGCCACCUGUCUUGAGAAGCGUACCUCCUCCUACUGCUCCGAUUCCCCGCUGGGCUCCUGUCCCCACGUCUCCUUCUGCCUGCAGACCCCGUCCUGCUGUCCCUCCAUUCCGCCCCUCCACGCUGACGUCCUCUGCCAUUCCCACUGCUGGCGCUCCUCCUAUCGCGCCGUUCCUGGGAUCGACCCCUAAUGGCCUCCCGCCCACCGCUGUCCUGGAUACCACCGUCCUCCCGGCCAGUCACCCGCCGCCCGGUGCCUGCUGCGUCCGUCUUCCUUGCUGCCUGCACACCCUCACGCCUGCUGCCACUCCGCUCCAUACUGCCGCUCCUCAUUUCUCCUGAGUCCCCUGACAUGCCCGUCUCCCCUCCUUCCCACGCUCCUGGCCAUGCUCCUCUGGUCCCUUAAAUCAGCAGCACCAUCCUUCCUGCACCUAACUCCAGCCGCCUCCUGCUGUGCCCUGCUGACCUGGUCCCCCUCCACGACCUGUGAGACCGCUGCCCUAUCGCUGCCAGCCCCUCUCAGUCCCUCCUGCCCCACAGUGCUGCCCCCAGGGGGCGACUCACCGGGACGUCCUGGGCUGCUCCUGGGCCUUGCAGCCGAAUCCCCUCCGUCCUGCUCCACUCCAGCACCAUCUGCCACCUCCGCCUGCCCGCCAGCCGCCAUCCGGCAGGGGGUGCUCUUCAAGGGAGGCCUCCUCCUGGCCUGCAACCUCACCGCCCCGGUGUUGCGCCUAGCUGGCGGUCCCGGCCGACGACCCGCUCCACGUCCCUGCUUUCCGGCCGCCGCACCACUCCGCUGUGCGCUGCCUCCCGCCAAGCUCCUCCUCCAAACGUGUGCGCCACCCACUGGAAGGUCUGUAACACCUGGCUACAGCGCUCCGUGCGUGGCGGGCCAAUGCAUAAGAAAUCGUCAAGAUAGUGCACAACAGCACCCCCAGCCGAUUCCCGCCGUACGACCCACUCCAAAAAAGUGCUAAACCUCUUGAAGUAAGCACACGAGAUGGCACAACCCAUAGGCAAACAUAAGUCCACAAAAUACCCCCCUUCGAAAUAGCACCCCAAUAAGUGAUGACAAUCCGGGUGUAUGGGAAGCAGCCUAAAUGCUGCUUCCACAUCCAAUUUCGCCAUUAGUGCCCCUUGUCCCACUCUCCUGACCAACUCGACAGCCUUGUCAAAUGAUGUGUAGGAAACAGAACACAGGGCCUCGUCGAUAUCAUCAUUAACCGAUGCACCCUGUGGGUACGAUAAAUGAUGUAUCAUACGGAAUUUACCCACCUCCUUCUUGGGGACUACCCCGAGUGGAGACACACGCAAACCAACUAACGGCGGGGAAGCGAAUGGUCCCGCCAUCCUCCCCAAUUGCACUUCCUUACAUAACUUUUCUCGAGCUACGCUCAGAUGUUCCCCCACCGACCGAAGAUUUUUACAUAACCGACGCUCCUGGCCAUGCUCCUCUGGUCCCUUAAAUCAGCAGCGCCAUCCUUCCUGCACCUAACUCCAGCCGCCUCCUGCUGUGCCCUGCUGACCUGGUCCCCCUCCAUGACCUGUGAGACCGCUGCCCUAUCGCUGCCAGCCCCUCUCAGUCCCUCCUGCCCCACAGUGCUGCCCCCAGGGGGCGACUCACCGGGACAUCCUGUGCUACUCCUGGGCCUUGCAGCCGAAUCCCCUCCGUCCUGCUCCACUCCAGCACCAUCUGCCACCUCCGCCUGCCGCCAUCCGGCAGGGGGCACUCUUCAAGGGAGGCCUCCUCCUGGCCUGCAACCUCACCGCCCCGGCGUUGCGCCUAGCUGGCGGUCCCGGCCGACGACCCGCUCCACGUCCCUGCUUUCCGGCCGCUGCACCACUCCGCUGUGCGCUGCCUCCCGCCGAGCUCCUCCUCCGUCUUGCUGCAGGACCCGCUCCAGGACUAAGCCGCUGGGGCGGCCUAGCUCUCCUCUCCGGCCUCCGGUCCGGCACCGCAUGGGGGGGAGCAGACAUGCUCGGAACCCCCAGCUGCUCCUGCAGCCACGCCAUUCCCUUCUCCUUCACCACGGACCGCACACCCGACAGAAUUUCUUCCAAGGACACCAUGCUGCACCUGAAAAAGAAGAAAAGAAGAGCCCAACUGACCUGCCACAAUUUACAGGUAAGAAAGGCUCAAAUUAGAAUGAACUUACCCUAAAAUGGCCGCUAUUUAACUUCCCUUCUAACCCACGCCCCCUAGCACAACCACAGUACAGCCUCUUGACCUGAACUUCACCUGCCUACUCCUGGCUCUGUCAAGGCCCACUCCUCCCUGCGUUGCUCCGUGGUUUCAGGACAUGCAGCACACACCUUUUGCAAGCCUGAAGCCAAGCAUAUUCACUUUUACUUAGGCAAACCCCCUUGACAUACAUCAUGGGUGAUCUUUAUAUAUUCCAACACCCACAUUAAUGAUAUAUCACACUCCAAAACAAACCAACCAAGCCCCUACCAAUAUGAUCUAAGCACACCAAGUUUUUUUUGCAUGUAUAAAUGUAUUGUAUUACAUGUAAUGCAUUAUCCAUAGCAUUGUAGAACCAGUGUUUGAACAUUACUGUACUCGUGUUAAGCCCUGUUUUGUAGGGCGAAAAAUGUUUCAUACUCUCACCCUCAUACAGUAACCCUAUCUCUUUUCCGCAAUGUGACCUGUUUCUAGUGCAGUUAUUUACUUGCACGUGUUGAUAUGAUAAAAACAAAAUAAACAAAAAAAAUUAUAAUAAUACGACCCCGAUAGUACAAUCCCAAUAGUCCUGUGGGAUGAUUUAAAACUGAAAAUGGGGGGAUAAACUACUUAUUUUUUAGAAUACUUAUUAUUAUAAGUUGUUAAUUUCCUAUACUGAAUUAACAAUAUAGGGUCAUUUUGAUCUAUACAAUUCCUGCAAUAAGACAAUCUUCCAGUAAAGUAAAGGGAACACAAGACUCUAAGAUCAAAUAUGAUGAUAGAAAGCAAAGAGAUCUACUAAAAUGAAAUGCGGACUCACUUUUGUUCUGUCUAUUUCCUUUCCUUUGUUUGGUCAGGCCUGUGUUAACUACAGCUGUCAGAACGCCAGUGCACUUGGAUACAACUGUGACACAAAAGUGAAGUGCAAUGAUCAUGGGGUAAGUCGAAAGGCUAUCGCUUACUAAGGUAUUGGACAGUGUCUGUAGAUACGCUCCUGUUUACGAUGAUGAAAGUUUCUGGAUUUUAUUGUGACAUUAAAGUAUGACACAUGCAGUGCAACUAAUGAUCACCUUUUGCUCACAUUUAAUGCAAAUAUACUCAGUUUUCCCAUGCUUUCUCGUGUUGCUGAAAUAUAUACCAUGUUGGAUAGAGUCCCCAUUGACUUUAAUAGAAAAUCACCUUUUACCAAGAUGAAACAUGUAUCAUCAGUGAUUUACUGCCUUCAGUCUCUAUAGUGAUUAUGGUGUUAUUGGAGUGGGAACCUUAAAGAUGUAGGGAGGAGGGAGGGGGGGGAGGGGGUGGGGUGGCGUAACAAUGCCUGGUCCCCAACCCUCUUUACCAAUACAGUUAUAUAUAAAUAUUUCCUUAUCAAUUCUUCUACUAUUACCUGUUUAACAAAUAGACCCCUGCAUGUGUGCUUACAUAUAUAGUGUGAGCAUGGCUCAAAUGUCAUGUUCUGAGCUACAAGCCUAAAAAAACCAAGCCAAGCCCCCCAACAAACUCACUAGUGUCAAGGCUAAGCUCUGGAGGUUUUUUACCUGGCUAGUCGCUCCUCCAGCAUGCCCAGGGCCUUGGGGUGUGCAAGGUGUGCAGCCGCAAAGGAUGCCAUGGCAGCAGGGAGCGCCAAGUGGCCGACACAGCUCACACAUGUCUAGCUACCUGGGUGGAGGAUUUCAGUAUUCUCCACCCGGGACUAUCAACCAAAAGAACAUGUCAGUGGAAGCGGAGCUUGCUGAUUGUUGGGGCGUGGCUUAAUAAGCGGCGGAGGCAGGGUCUCAAUGGCAGCAGGGGCGGAGCUUCAAGCGCCCAGAAGCAAAAGCUUUACAGGAAGGGGGAAGCAGGAAGGAGUCCCUGCUUCCCCAACUACCACCAUACUUACAGCCACAAAGACAGUCACACACACACACACACAUGCAGAAAGUCAAACUGUGUGUGAGUGAGAGACUGUCUGCCUGUAAUGGUGUGUGAGUGGCUGCAUGUGUGUAUGACUGUCUGUAUGUAUGACUGUAACUGUGUGUGUGUCUACCUGUAAGUGUAUGUGUGUGGCUGUAUGUAUGUGACUGCCCUCCUGUACCUGUGUGUGUUUGUCAUUGUCUGCCUGCAACUUUGUGUGAGUAGCUGCAUGUGUGUGACUGACUGUAACUGUGUGUUGAACUAUAUACCUGUAACUGUGUGUGACUAUGUGCAACUGUGUGUGAGUGGCUGCAUAUGUGUGACUGACUGUAACUGUGUGUUUGACUAUAUACCUGUAACUGUGUGUGACUAUGUGCAACUGUGUGAGUGGCUGAAUGUGUGUGACUGACUGUAACUGUGUGUUUGACUAUAUACCUGUAACUGUGUGUGACUAAUGUGCCUGGGACAGUGUGCAUGUGGCUGUAAUUGACAGUGUAUAUGUAUAACUGUGGGACUGUGUGCAUGUGACUCUACAAAAAUAUAGACCUGCAUUCACACAUAGACCUACAUGCAUAUUUUUAUCUGAGCUAAGUACCCAUCACACACAACCAAUAAACCCAGCACAAAUAUCACACACAGCCAACACAUAGCAUACAUAUCACACACACAGCCAUCACGCCUAACACACACACACACUACAUCAUAUUAUAGUGAAAUUUAUUACAGUGGAGCUCUGGCGUACAAAAUGCACAUUGCUCCGUGUUUUUAUAGUUGGCACAUUACUGAGAGUUGUAUUGUUGUGGAGCUCUGUGACAAGCUCAUGCACUACACAUUACUGAGAGUUGUAUUGUUGUGGAGCUCUGUGACAAAGGGGAGGGGAGGGGGACUGCUAAGAUUUUUCGCACAGGGCGCCUAGAAGCCAUAUCAUUAGCUGCACCAUGUGUAGAGGGGGAGGUUCAUUGCUCUCUCAUCUCCAUUUUAUUGUAAAACCAGUUUGACAAAAACAGCACUUACACUGUUACCUUAGAUUGCCCCCACUUCAACUGCCUUGAUAAAGUGAAAUUUACACUUCACAUUAUCAUUAUUAAUUAUUAUUCCACCCUGCGCUGACCUGCCUACUGUUCUCUCUGCCUCUCCUGGCUGUCCAAGUUAAGCAAACUUGAUAAUGGUAACUAGGAAGUGUAAAAUCCAACAUUAUCAAGGCAGAAGACAAACAGGCGGUUUUUGAGUUCUGGGAAGAGUGCUGUUUUAUUUUUGUGAAACUGCUCCAAAACAGUUUAACAAAAGAAAAAGAGGACGGCACCCACAGGCUCUUUGCACCAUAACCAUUUAAUUGAGCUGUAGUGGUUAUGGUGCUUAGAUUGCCUAAAGCAGUUUGCAAUGAAGUCAUACAAACUAAAUCAAGUAACACAAAUAAUAAAUAGUGAGAAAUGCCUUUUUUUAUUUACUUGUUUUUCCCUCAACUCCACACUUUAAUCUAUGAUUCUUACAUAAUAAAGAUUAACAAUGUAUAUAUAAUUGUGUUUACAUUAAUUAAAGGGUCAGUCCAAGCAUCAUAAGCAUUAUGGUAUUUAGAGAACCAUGAGCCGAUACUUAUUUCUGAGAGUUGUCUAUUAUGGCUGUCAGUCAGGCAGCCUGAAAAUUCCUUCUAUGUUCUGAGUUGCCAAGUUGUCCCUACUUUGCAUGCAGUGCCCAGUUGGGAAUAGAAUCUCUCUGUCUUCCCUGGAGAGAGUCAAGCCAAGGACUGCACAACUAAAUCAGAUGGCAAAUAAAUUUUGGUACCUGCAGUAUGGCUGCAAAAGUGCAAAAUAGCACUUCCAACCAUCCUAGGUAAGAUAUUUACAUAUUGGAUUCUCUAUCUUUAUAGGUUUGCGAUAACAAUGGAAACUGUUUCUGUGACAAUGGCUGGGCCCCUCCGAAUUGUAAUACAAGAGGCUAUGGUGGGAGCAUCGAUAGUGGACCUACUCACAUUGGUAAGUAAACAAGUUCCAGACAUUAUUACCUUGAACAAAACAGAUAUUUCUCACAUUGUCUGUUUGUAUCAUGAAGAACUAGAGUUAGUGCUAGUGGUUGAUGAAAUUCAAGUCCUGUGAUACUGAAACAUAUUUUACUGACUGUGCGUUAAAAAUGCACUCACUAAAUCAAAGUUGGCGCAUUCGCGGAUGAUAUCCUCCUGUAUAUCUCCCAACCAGAAGAAUCACUACCACACUUACUAGACCUAAUCAAGAAAUAUGGGGAGAUGUCUUAUUACUCACUUAAUACAGGCAAGACCCAAGCGUUGGGAGUGCGGCUAACCCCACAAACAUUAUCCGCGCUCAGGAGGGACUACUCCUUUGAGUGGUGAACAGAUAGCAUCAAAUAUCUAGGCCUGACCUUUACUAAAAAGCUAACGGAAAGCUUCCUAACUAUGUUAGAGUAUGGAAGGACUGCCAGCACCUCAUGAAGAAGUCGGGUUCCCUGUUUCUGACCUGGACGGAACAGGUUGCGAUGAUCAAAAUGUCUAUUCUACCUAGGCUCCAAUACCUGUUACGUACAUUACCGAUCCAGGUACCCCUGUCCUAUCUCCAGACAACCCAAAAAUACAUAUCUAGGUUUGUAUGGGGGGGGGCACAGCUCGGGUACCGGAGAACUUCCUACAGGCACCGACGAGACAAGGGGGCCUCACCCUCCCAGAUAUUAAAGCCUACUAACAUGCAGCAGUGUUGACAUCAGUCCUGCCCCACUUCCUCACCGCUGAGCCACCACAAUGGGUAUUGCUAGAAAAGCAUGCCAUGAAGCCCUUUGACUUACCCACCAUCAGAUGGCUCCCUAAACGCAUUCGGCCACAAGUCCCGCUAUUGCCGGAGCAAAUCAAACUCGCGGUGCGACUAUGGGACAAGAUUAGACACAACCUAGAAACCCCUACCCCUCUAACACUGGCUACCCCACUUAAAAUUAUCACAUACUGCAUACCAACUUUCAAUGCCAAACCAUGGGUAGAUAAAGGGGUUACCCAUCUAUCCCAAUUGCUCACACAAAACAAAAUAAAAACAUUUCAAGCCCUGCAAGAGGAAAACCACAUACCGACGGCCUCACAGUUCUCCCACGUACAACUGCGCUCCUUCAUGCACAAACAUGACACACAGACCUCCUCCCCUGAUGGAAACACCCUAGGCAUGACAAGCUGGGAAUAGAUGACUGUUAGGGGAUCACUUGUAGGCCGCUCUGCUGGUGUUACCAGCUUCUCCGGUCCUCUAUGCACUUUGCGGAUUCUAAACAGGCCGCACAAUGGGCCCAUGACUUACAGGACCGAAUACACCGAGACCAAUGGGAAACUAUUAUAUUGUCGCCCAAACGAUUGAUCAAAUCGUAAACAUUAUUAGAGCAACAUAGGAAGACACUAUAUAGGUGGUACAUGGUGCCCACACGCAUCCACAACAUAUACCCAGAUUCGUCCCCAGUUUGCUGGAGAUGUGGGACACAGGUGGGCACGGUUCUUAACAUUUGGUGGCACUGCGAGCCCAUCUCUAGCUUCUGGAACGCAAUCCACCAUCUGAUACAGGAAACCACAUUUACACGGCUACCCUUCACAUCACUAUUGCCUCCUGCUACACAUGCCUACAGCUACACCCAAAGAGAAACUGGCCUUUCAUAUCCUCUUGACAGCCCAGAGGGCAAUAGUGAGAUUGUGGAAAUCCUCAAAGCCCCCACAGGUGACGGAAAUAUGUAAAGAGAUAGACACCCAACACACCUACAAACACUGCUAUCGAAGUGUCCUCCCCAUGACGACAACAGCCGCAGAGCCGUGGGGGCUUUGGAGCAUAUGGAGAUCGGGUGGGCCUCCAAUAACAGGGUGACACUCAGGUACCUAGGAUUAGCAGGCCAAAACAAAUCACAGAGGACGUUAAUAGAGUUCAAUGGAGACUAAUAGACACAGGGAACAUGGGAUGUGUGGUAUCAGGGCUAUGGUAUAGUUUCACUGCCAAGUUAUACGUUAUAUGUACACACAAAUGUGUAAGAAGAUACUGUACACAACAAAUGUAAAUGCAACUAAAACUGUGAAUACAAGAAUAUUGCAAAAAUCUGUAUGCCUCCAGCCUACAUGUACUUAAGGAACAUUGAUGUAUCUGUAUGGACUCUGUUACAUGUAGUCUCCAUUGGUAGCAGUACUUUGCGUUAUUCUUUUUUUAAUAUAAAUAUGUUUUUACAAACUGUAGCCAUUUUUAGACAGAGCUGGAUUAUGUUAGUGCUAGUUGUUUAUGGAAUUCGGAGAAAAUAUUGUACCCUCUGUGACAAAGCAAGAGGCCAUCCAUAGUUUUUGAAUAUUGGGUUAGUGAGAGCUUUCAUAGGAAUUAAUAGAUAGAUGGAUAUAUAGAUAGGUAGAUAGGCCAUUAUUAAAAAAAAAAAAAAUGAAUCCCACAGUUACCUGAAAUCUUCUUUUUUCUUUGGUUUUAAUCUCCCUAUUUGGUUUGUUUGUAUUGCUUUUUUCUUUUCUAUUUUCUGAUUUUUUUAAAAUUUGUUUUGUGUGUGUUCCCUCUUUUGCGUUUGUUUCGCAUCCCUUCCUCUAUUUUGAAUUUGCCAUCACCCUUUCCACUUUUGCUCUUUUUCCUUCUUUUGUGAUUUUUCUUCCUUCAGCUCCCUUUGUGUAUUUGUAACCCUUUGGUGAUUUUUUUUUAAAAUCAUUAUUCUCCCUUUUGUUAAUUUCUAGAUAUUUGUAUUUUAUUUGCUACCCUGUUUUAACGUAACUUCUUGUUUUUGUACUUUCUUGGCGUUUUGCCACCACCGCAACUUUCUCCUCUGUGUCUUCUACUCCAUUUGUGUCAAUUUCCCCACUUCCCAUGACCGUUUGAAAGGUGAACUUUUAAAAAAGCAACAUGAAGGAAGCAAAAUCAAACAAAUUCUCUUUGUAGAAUUAUUCACAAUCUACAGUGAGUUCACAGCAAAGCUGUUUAAAUCCCCUAUGGUUACUUGGAACCUAAUACCUUUGUAUUGCUUGCACAAGAAAGCAGAACAAAUAGCAUUGUAAACACGAUUAGUCAACUUGUGGUGCACCGAUGUCAGCAUCAGUGUGUAUAAUGUUGCAGGCAUUCUGGUGCCAACGCUAUAAGCCAGGGAUCAGUAUGUUAUAAUAACCAACCCAGCCCCUCCUAUUCUUAAUGUAGUAUUAGCUUCAGGCCACAUGAUGGCGACCAUGUGCACUAUUAUAUAUGUAUUCUCACUAGCAAUCCUACACUAAUUAAUGUAAGAUUGCUACGGAAUCUGUUGGCACUAUAUAAAUGGCAAUAAUAAAUAAAUAAAAUAAUUGCAUUUGCCUUUUCUGUUCGUCUCUUUGAUCAGAUACCUCUCUACGGGAUGGAUUGCUCAUUUUCUUCCUGCUUGUCCUUCCAAUACUGAUUGCUUUAACUUUGGCAUGGUUUAAACGGGAUGCUAUCAGGAGACGAUGUUGUAGGAAGAAGAGGAGGACACCCAGGUAAGCCUUGUAAAAAAAAAAAAAACAACAAAAAAACAGGCUCUCAAUCUAUCUCUGAUUAUCUAAAUGAAAAGCACAUGAUUUGAUAUAUGUGCUUCAGUGUAGGUAACUAGGUACUUACGUGUUGGGUGCAGUGUGUAGGUUACAUUACAGUACAGUGGCGGCUUUUUAAUGGUUAUUAAUUUAUUGCAUUUUAGAAAGUACUUACCAUUUCAUAAGCAUUUCUCUUAAUAGGAGGGCAGUGAUAGGUUGAGAAUAGUGAUGUCCCUCCCUCCCAGGCCCUCCCACCUCCUGGACAGCAUCCAUUGUGAAGCUGCAUUCUUAGUGAGCUGUCCAGGAGGUGGGAGGGUCUGGGAGGGAGGGUCUUCUGCUGAUUGACUGGAAUGUGUCUGCUGACUGUGAGGUACAGGGUCAAAGUUUACUCAAUGAUGAGUCCGUGGCGAACCGUUCGCGAACCGUUCGGCGAACCGUUCGGGACAUCACUAGUUGAGAACAUUGGUUGACAUUUCCAGUCUAUCCCUGGUGCCCAAGGGUAAGGCUUCCGCAUCGAGGCAGAGUGCAGCCAAAAUGUUGACUACCCUUGCACUAUAGAGUAGAAAUUUCUGACUACUGUGAACAAAAUUUUGUUAGUUUUUUUUUUCCCCACAGUAACUGUUGCUGAAGAGACAAAAAUUAACUAUCAGCAGUGUAGACUUUAUUAUGUCAAUGUAGACUUUGUUAUGGCAUUACAUAGCUAUUAUAUAUGAUUGUCUGCCAUGGUGACCCAAUCCUUCGCCAACCCAUUUUCAGCUGUGUGCGAUGUUAUUUAUUACGCAUAGAAAUAGCUUGCGCACAGUUGGAAAAUCUGUGUAUGGUCUAUAUACAAUGCCUAACAUGCGUUGGUCAGUUUAGGCCUCACUGAUUCUUUAUUUUUUUGUGUGUGUGUACAACUGUUUAUUGUUUUUCAAUAAAGGGGUACAGAAAAGAAGGGGGGGGACAGGCAUAUUUAUACAUUGUUGCAAAACGAGGUACAUGCUUGUGUGUGCCUCGGCUUAUGCUUCAGUAGGUUGCAUGACUUUAUACUAGCAAUAUUCAUACAGUACACAUCAACAGGGCAUCAUACAUGUAUCGGCUGAUAACAUCCUCAAAGUAGUUAUACAAUAAUUGUCCUAUGAGCGAAACUCAGUGUCAUGUGGUGGAAUGGGCAAUUUUGGCUUCCGGCUGAAGACCCACUGGCAUUUUACCCUCGAGUCCCUGGCUGUGGCCCCAGGAAAGUGGGGUGGGUCGUGUAUGCUGUGUGGCACAUCUGGACUUACCAGUAUAGCCUUGAGCUGAUGUGAGGUCAUUGCACGCUGGGAUGUGAGUCUAGACUAUUCAGUUACGGGUGUUUGCUAUGUCAAGGCUGAGUACGUGCUGCUAAUUAAGCAAUUGGUGGGCGCCAGUGAUCUAUGUCUGACGCAUGCAAUCUGUACAAGACUUAGACUUGUCGUCCCGUGCACUGAUUCUUUCUAAGUUCUUUGUAACUAUACUUCAUAAAACUGUAAAUGUCAAAUGUUUGCUAUAGUUUGACAGUCAAUGUGAAACCAACGUUCAAUGCAGUUAGACAUAAGCUGAUGGGUUAUCCAACUUUACUAAUGACUAGAAUAUUAUGACCAUCUGCUUAUUUUGUUUGUUUAUUCUAAAAUACUCUUUGUGCCACCAGGUCUCAAGCUCCACCAAAGCCAACUUCUAAUACCACCACCAAUAAUAAGCCUUCCAACAAUAACUCCAGAGGCCAGGUAUUGUACAAGUAUUUAAUUUAAACUUCCUGGUUAUUAUUUAGUGUUUUAUUUUAUUUUUUUAAAGGGACACUAUAGUCACCCAGGCCACUUCAGCUCAAUGCAGUGGUCUGGGUGCCAGGACCAUCAGGUUUUAACCCUUCAGAUACAAACAUAGGAGUUUCAGAGAAACUGCUAUGUUUACAUUUGGGGUUAAUCCAGCUUCUAGUGGCUGUCUUCCUUACAGCAAGUAGAGGCGCAUAUGCGAUGCUGGAUGCGAAUUUCGCAUCCAUUACGCAGAGCGUCCAUAGGAAAGCAUUGAGAAAUGCUUUCCUAUGGACUGUUUGAAUGCGUGCGCGGCACUUGCCGCACAUGCGCAUUCCACUCCACUCGGGAGCUGACGUCGGCGGGGGAGGAGAGGUCACCAGCGCCGAGGGAGCCUGGCGCUGGAUAAAGGUAAGCUGUUGAAGGGGUUUUAACCCCUUCAGCGCCAAGGGAGGAGGACCCUGAGGGUGAGGGUCCCCCAAGGAUUAUAUAGUGUCAGGAAAACCGCUUUUCAGUAAACUGUGUUGUCUUAAAAAAAAUUUCUGUUUCAUUUUAGCUUGAUAAUCGGUACUCAGAUAUUUUCACGAUAUCCCACAAUCCACCGCACAGGUAAUUCCGUUUUUGUUGUUUGGUUUUUUUAAUAUGACAAUAGUUGAAAAUCCUAAUUUCUUAGACAUACUUUGGUAAAAACACACUCACAGAUAAAUACAAAAUUGUGUUAAAAUGAACAAUGCUUAGUGAUAACUUCUGCAUUCUGUUUAAAAACCAUGACUGUUUCACUUUUGAUAUUGGUUGCAUAAAAAUAAAUUUGGUGCAUUUGGGCCCACAUUUCCAAGUCCUUCACCACUUUUUCUUAUUGCUUUACUGCAAAGGGCACAGAUGUCCUGCAGCUUAAGUAAGGUGUAUGACAGAGCUAUGCUUUUGCCAAGUAAACAGUGAUGUUUGUUCCACACAAACACUCAAUGGUUUAUUUGCUAAAAUGAGAGUUCAAAGAGAAUUCUAAAUGAAUUUAAAAUUUAAUGACUAAAUAACCAAACUUGAAAAAUUAUCUGACCUACUACGCUUUCAAUUCAACUACUCUGGACUUAAAUUUGAAAUUCACUUUGAAUCCUCACUUUCGUAAAUAACCCUGUCACUCACAUGUGGACCUCACACGAGAUUCAGGAUUUAUAUUCGAAAAAAGAAUGGAGUUACUUUUAAUUCUUUAAUGUUACUAUAAAAGUAAUUUGCAUUUCUUCCCAAACUUGUUUCUCUUUUGGUUUUCCAACAUUUAUUCUAUUCCAGAAUUUUUCUAAUAUAUUUUGUUUUCUAACAGACCACCACUGCCUUCCACAAACCCCCAACCACCUCUACGUCCACCUCCACCUCCACCUCGACCAUCUGCUGUUCCUCAGUACAACUGGAAUCAAAAUGUUUAAGGACUGUAUAAAAUUAGUCUACCGACUCGACAGGGUCCAUGAUCUAAAUAGAGAGGGAGCAGAUAGACUGGCCAUUAUAAGUCUGGAUCACAGUGUUUCAAUAUUUCUAAGAUUAGAGCCAACAUGACUUCGGAGUAGGGCUUAUUGGUUCUCAAUCUACGCCCACACUGGACACCACUAAUCAUUGAUUACAAGCAAAAUAACUUUUCUGGCCUUUAUGUUUCUGUAUAUCACCGGUGCUAUUCUUAAAACCUAAAUGAAGGAAUAACAGACAAUGAUGCAAUGUUAAAGACUACUUUACCAAAGACAGGCACUUUAUGAAUUAUUAUGAUUUCUUUUUGAUGUGUGACAUUCUAUAAAAAAAUUUGUUUAUCAACUCGUGUCUGUUUAA